AUGCAAGCUUCUUCUGACAGCACCAACGCUACCCUUCCUUCCCACCAGCAUCAAAGGUAAAUGGAACAUUCUCUGGGUUCGAAUUACAAGAGCUAAGAGAUGAGACCAGGACGGAAUUCAGUUUUUUAGAUGACGAAAUGGGAAAGGCUGAAAUGCAGGCAAGACUCUUCAACUGACACUGCUGGCAUGGAUGGCUAAAGCAUAAAAUGCUCAAGAAUUUCCCUGUUGGGGACAGCCUUCCACAGAUGGGCAGAACAUCACAGCGCAUGGUUAAAACUAGAAAAUGUACCGUAUUUUUCGCUUCAUAAGACGCACUUUUUCCCUCCUAAAAAGUAAGGGGAAAUGUGUGUGCGUCUUAUGGAGCGAAUGCAGGGGGGAGGCAGGCAGGAAAAGUCCCCAAGAGCUGCACACAAGCUCCGUGUGGCUCUUGCGGGCUUUCCCCCAGGAGGGAGAAGGGACUGACGAGGCCAGUCAGUCCCUUCUCCCUCCUCGUAGAAAAGCCCACAGGAGCCGCGUGCUCCUUAAAGGGUGCACGGCUCCUGUGGGCUUUUGUGGGAGGUUGGGGAAUUGCCAUAGCCACGUGCAGCCUCUCCCGGCUGGAGAGGUUGUGCGUGGCUAAAGAGGAAGCCAAGACAGCCAGCGCGAUGGAUCCCGCUGGCUGUCUUGGCUUCUUUGUUCUUUGGGGCUGGGGGGGAGGAUAAUAUUUUUUCCCUUGAUUUCCCCCUCUAAAAACUAGGUGCGCCUUAUGGUCCGGUGCGCCUUAUCAAGCGAAAAAUACGGUAUCUGGAUUUAAAAUGGGAUUAGACAAAUUCAUGGAGGAUAAUACUCCUAGUAGUUACUAAUGAUGAGUGCUAUUUUUCUAGAAAAAAAGGUGCCAGGACUCACCAUGAACGCCUCCCUUGUUUUCUUAUGACGACAAUGGCACCCACCUGAGAGGUGCUGGAACUCAGAUCCAGUGAGUUCCAGCUGAAAAAAAAGACCUAGGUAGCUAAAUGCUACCUCCAGGAACAGAGACAGCAUUGUCCCUGCCAUUCACAUUUACAGGUCAGUUUAUGGAGAAUUACAUAUCAUAUCUUCCUAGAAUGAGAGCUAAUGAGUGCCUAUGAGUAACAAUUUCAAAGGAAGGAGCUAUGUGACAGUGAAGCAUUACUGCCCUACGAGCUUUCAAGUUUUUAGGAAGAACUCUCAAAAACAGGCAGUAAAAAAAGAGGGGCAAAGCUGUUCUGAGCCACCCUUUGGAGUGUUAGGGAUGUCCUACUGGCCAAACUACUUGAUUCCUGAUCACCUGAGCCAACAUGGUGUAGUAAUUAAGAGUGCUGGAGACGGGUGACCAGGGUUCAAAUCCCACCCCACUUCAGCCAUGAAGCUCACUGGGUGACCCUGGGCCAGUGAGUCCCUCAGUCUAACCUACCUCACAGGGUUGUUGUGAGAAGAAAAUGGGGAGAGAACACUAAUUAAUGGGUAGAUCAGGGGUCAGCAACCUUUUUCAGCAGGGGGCCGGUCCACUGUCCCUCAGACCUUGUGGGGGGCCGACUAUAUUUUUUUUGGGGGGGGGAACUGAACGAAUUCCUAUUCCCCACAAAUAACCCAGAGAUGCAUUUUAAAUAAAAGCACACAUUCUACUCAUGUAAAAACAUGCUGAUUCCCAGACAGAUUUAGAAGGUGAUUGGGCUGGAUCCGGCCCCCGGGCCUUAGUUUGCCUACCCAUGUGGUAGAUGAACACUACCUUGAGCUCCUGGGAGAAAAGGCAGGAUAUAAAUGUAAAUAAAUAAAUAAAUACAUGAAUGAGCUCAGCCAACAGUGAUAAUAUUUGGAGCAGGGGGGCAUCGUUUACAAAACUGAGCCCAUGGAUACUGGCACAGAGUUUAAAGCACAAUCCAACAAAAAUAAAUAAAUUCUUCCCCACCCCAUGGGGCAUAAUUUUUAUUUUUAUUUUAAAGCACUGGGCAAAACAUUUCUGCAUUGCAGGGGAUUGGACUAGAUGACCCUUGUGACCUUUUCCCAUUUUAUGAUUCUGCAACAUGUCUCUCCGGUAUUAAGUCUUUAUAGCCACAGCGGGCGCCGUUACUCUGCAACGGCUUGAUGUCCCACCCUGAAAUGUGCGCUCUCCCAUUGUCUCCCGAGACAGGCGGAUGCCAAUACAUUUUGUGCUCCCACUUUGUAUUUUCAGUAUUGUGAACAGCCCUGUGAUCUUUGGGUGAAGGGCUGUAUACAUCCCGUCCCCCCCAGGGGCCGUGCCUUCUUCCCCGAAAAGUGAUCGGAAACGAAGCCUAUGGACCUGAGAGAGACCUGCAGCUUUAUAAGAGUUUAUAUUUAAAGUGGGACGCGGGUGGCGCUGUGGGUAAAACCUCAGCGCCUAGGACUUGCCGAUCGUAUGGUCGGCGGUUCGAAUCCCCGCGGUGGGAUGAGUUCCCAUCGUUCGGUCCCAGCUCCUGCCCACCUAGCAGUUCAAAAGCACCCUUAAGUGCAAGUAGAUAAAUAGCGGGAAGGUAAAUGGUGUUUCCGUGUGCUGCGCUGGUGCAGGCUCGCCAGAGCAGCUUCGUCACGCUGGCCACGUGACCCGGAAGUGUCUCUGGACAGCGCUGGCUCCCGGCCUCUUAAGUGAGAUGGGCGCACAACCCUAGAGUCAGACACGACUGGCCCGUACGGGCAGGGGUACCCAUAUUUAAAGUAGAUAAUUAAAUGAGCAAAUUAAAUGAAUUUAGAUAUGCAGCAGAUUUUUUAAAAAUUAAUUUAAGGACCCACAGAAAGAGGAGGAAGUUAAACUUUGAAAUGUUAAAAUGAUUGCAAAAUUAAUGAAAAGUAUAAAUUUGAAAAGUAUAAAUAAAAACCUUUAUAAAUAUUGUCCUGGGAAUGGACAGAGAGAACCUCCAUUCCCAGGAGAACUCUACCUCACCUCUCCGACCCCGGCCAGAGCGUGGGGCGUUCCCUCCCUUCGCUCCGCCCCUCUCUCCCUCCUUCCCUCCCUCCCUCCCUCCAGCUGCGCGCUCUGCGCAUGCCCACUUCCCUCAGGCAAUGGGAAGGCGGCCGAUUAACUGAGCGGGUCAGCUGAGCUCGUCGCGUGACCAGGCCGGGCAGGCGGCGGCGGCGGCCUCGGCCUGGACUGCGCGUGCGCGCGGAGGGUGGCUCCCCUGCCCGAGCGAAGAUGGCGGCCUCCAGAGCCAGGCUCUGAGGGGAGGCGGCAGCGCUUCGGAGGGGUAGCGGCUGCAGCCCAGGAGGAGGAGGAAGAGGAGAAGCCCUCUCGGCGGCAACUGAAGCAGCUGCGGGGGCUGCUGGCUCGCCGCGUCUCUUGUCAGUGCGAGGCUUCGGGGGUGCGGGACUGGACGGCGCCGCUCCCCGGCCAGGUAAAUAAAUGGGUGCCCCCCCCCCGGAGGGCACAAAAAAGAGACUGAAGGGAACCGCCGAGGGCUUUGCAUGCAGUGGGGGGCGGGGAGGGAAGGGAAACACGGACUUCCCCCCUUAUUCAUCCGAGCCAGUGACUUCUCUUUUCUCCCCACCCCCAAUUCAGUAAGCGCCCCCUCCCUAUUUCUCCUCGGUAAGUGGUGGCAAACAGGUUGGGGUGGGGAUUAAAACAGGUGUUUAGCCCUCAUUUCCGCAUUUGCUCCAGGGAGGCUGGCACCCAGCUUGCAAAAUCCCCCUUUUUUUCUUUCCCUGUGGCCAAAGCAACAGGGGAUAAGCGGGCUUCUCACUAUUAUAGCAUGUUAACUGUUGUGUUUCUAAGCACAAACGCCUGCAUGCUUCCACAAUUGUAUCUUAUCAAUGUGUAUGGAACGGUUCCCAUGGUUUGGGGGCACCCCCUUUGCCUGGCUGCCCCUGUGCUGCAAAGGUGGUGGGUUGAAACCCCUGCCAGAAACUUUCAUGUGCUGGCUAGAGUUCAUCUUUCCCACGGCUUGUUGCUUCCUUGCAUGCUCCAUCCAGUCUUUUGGGAAGAAAAUUCAUUGACUGACAUAAAAAUGGUAUAGUCAAUAUGCGUUUAAUUUCCACCCGCCUUGGAGUUUUCUUUAGAAAUGUGGUAAGGUAGAUGAAUUAUUGGGAGGUGGACAGAAUUUGUGCACAAUAGCUCCUGAAUUGCAUGAUGAUGUGAUUGAGAACUGCAUCUUCAGUUCCAUUCCAAAUGGAAGUUCCACAUCCAAUAUGUGUUUUGAAUCUUGGGCUUGUAUUGUAGGGUUAGCAAGGGUGUUUUAUAUAAUUCACCACAAAGUAGGGAGUAGUAAUUCUUCAAGGAAAUGGCACUUACACUUGUGCACUGCAAGCCGUGGCUUUUAAGAGACUCUACUUGAGAGCUGCUUUUCUCACGCUGAGCCAGAAUGGAAAAAGAAACAAUCAAUAUAUAUAAUAGACUUUAAACAAGAUGUAUGUGCUGUCUUUGGCAUCCAGGAAUUGAUACAAAUAAUUUGAAAGCAAUUCUGGAAUGUCCCCCACCUUCUGAGUAAUUUGAAUGCAUGUUCACAUGCAUGAGUAUCUGAGUAAAUGUUUUUCCACUUGCCAUCAUUUAAUCAUUAACACCCAGAAGUAAGCUGCUUUCUGCUUUUUUUGUCCUUGUAAUUCUUUAUCUGCUGCAUUUUCCCAGAAAGCCCACAAUCCAGCUAACUUUUGUGGUAGAUUGGCGAAUGAAAUAACUGUGGCAAUUGGGCCAUCUGGCAAGGGAGUGGCAGUAUCUUUUAAUUCCAUACAUAAUUUGAUGAAUGCAGGAGCCCAUGUGGUUAUUCUCCUAGGAAAGUAUGAAAGUUAAUGUGUAAAAUGCAUAACCACAGUAUAUUCUGGAAACUGGAUCAAGAUAAGGCAAAUCAGUUUUUCUUCUGAACUAUAUGUAUGCUUUUUUUAAAAAGUUAAUCAGCUUGUAGUCAGUUACAGUGGUUUAUUAUUAAAUUUGUAUAGCACCCUUUAUCUGAAGAUCACAGGAUGGUUCACAACAACAAAAAUACAAGAGAACCCAAAAUACAUAAUAAAAACAAGAACAAAAACAAACCAGUAACAUGCCACUCACAAACACAUUUGAAAUGACAUAGAAUAUUAAUCAGCCCAAGGCCUGGUUAUCAGCCUUGUAGUGUCAAUGUGGAGUUCAAAGACAGGAAAAGAUACAACUUGGUAAAAAUGUUUAACUAUUUGUCUUGAUGCUACUAGUGGUUUGGAUUUCCCAAAAACUUGGAUUUCCCAAGUUUUAGCACAGGAGUCAACAAACUUACCGCGCCUCGGGCCGGUGUCUCCAGCGCUGAUCGUGCGGUGGGCCGGGGGAGCGCGUGCCCAUAAGCAUGGGCACACACUAUUUCCGGUGCACUUCUGGGUCAGAGGAGCACUGGAAAUAGCUUGUGCACAUGUGCACGGGCCUCCUCCAACCCGGAUGUGCACCAGCAAUAACGCUUGCGCAUGCAUACAAGCUAUUUCUGGUGCUCCUCCAACCCAGAAGUGGGCAGCAGCGCUGUACCGGUAAGAGCAGGCAGUGGGGGUCGCUGCGGACCGGAUAAACGAGUUCCUCAGGCCUUAUCUGGCCCGCGGGCCUUAGUUUGGGGACCUCUGUUUUAGCAUCUUAUUGGAAGCUUUGGUGGGUUUGUAGUGUACAGGGCAAUCCUAUAUAUGUCUACUCGAAAGUAAGCCCCAUUGAGUUCAGUGGGUGGGCCUUAACUAUUGGGUAAGAAUAUUUGGAACUACAAUCUUAAACAUUUAUUCCUUUAUAAUGGGUUCUGUGUGCUGGAUGACCAUUUCCCUCAUCCUUGGUCAGUAUGGCCAGUAGUCAGGGGUGAUGGGGAUUGUGUUGUGGUGGCUCCCCAUUCGUGGAAUGCUCUCCCCAGGGAGGCUUAGCUAGUGUCUGCAUUACAUAUGUUUAGGUCCCAGGCGAAAACAUUUCUCUUCAACCAGGCCUUUGGCUGAUUAUCAUUUUAUGGCCCUGUAAAUGUGUUUUUGGGAAGAGGAUUAUUGGUUUGCCUUUGUUUUUGUAUUAUGUAUUUUGUGUUCUCAUUUUGUAUUUUUAUGUUGUGAACCACCCUGGGAUCUUCAGAAGAAGUGUGGUAUACAAAUUUAAUAAAUAAUAAUAGUAAUAGUUCAGCAACAUCCAGCGAUCCAAAGGUUAGUUGUCUCUGACCUAUAACUAGUACAACACAUUUGAUAUGAGAUAACAUUAUAGACCUUUGUCCACGAUUUCUUAGCUUCAGGGGUUUUUUUUGUUUUGAGACAAAUGCUAUACUACACGAAUGGCAAUAAUUCAUUAUUGAUUUUCAAACUGACUGAGUCAAUGGAGAAGUCAUUCAUCAACGCUCCACCUUUCUGCUCUUCUUUUUUCCUUCCCUGAAACCUUUUCCCUUCAAACAACCUCUACAGCUGAUUUGUUUCAUUUUGUUAGAAUGGUUGAUGCACUUAAGCAGCAAAUAUUAUGCUGUGUAUGAUACUUCCAACUUUACUGCACAUCUUCAGAUUACUUAAAAUAGCUAUCAAAAACAUGUAGCCACUCAUUAGGAACUUGCAUCUAAUGAAAGAUUUGGUGGAAUUCAGUUUCACUUUGAAGUCAUAAUAAGUUACAUUACAAAUGUAUAACCUGAGAGGUUGAAGGAUGUGUGUGAAAUUAGUAUAAUAGACAAUGGGUGUUCUGCUUUACUUGAAAGAGAAAUCAACUGUCUCAGAUAUCUUGAAAGUCAUGUUGGAGGGAGGGAGAGGAUAGCAUUACUUUUCUUCAAAGUGAGAAUGCAUUAAUUGCAUGCUGGCUGUGGCAGCUGCUAACAAUGAAAUUGAACUGGAGAAUAAUUUGGUAGACCAGGUCUGUUAGUGGAACAUUGCAACCAAGUUGCUUAGUGAGAGAAGCUGCACAAACUAAUAGAAUUUUUGGAUAGAAAGAAAUUUGUGUAUGUGUGUGCUUUCAUUCUCAACUCAGGGCUCUCUAAACUUCCACUGGUGUUUAUUGAGCAGGUUGUUUUUAACAGAGCAUACCUAAUUGGUUCAGCUGUCUUGCCUGAAUCAGUUGUUCCUGAGUCAUCUGACUCAACAUGCUUUGGGCCUUAACAUUUUAUUACGUGCACCUUUUGAGACUCCUUAGCUGUGCUGGUGCCUUCCUUUUCUUCUCCCUGUGACUGUUACUGUGCCAGACAUUCACAGAUGCCAGUUCUUAUAGUAUACAUACUGUCCUGGUAUCUACCAAAUUUGGGCCACCUCCCUUGUUUCCCUUUGCUAUCUGGUAAAAUCAUUAUUUCAUCAGGACUGUUGAGAUCGAUUUUAUUUGUGAUCGCUGGCAUCACAGCAUUUAAAUGAAUUUCAAUGUGUAUUGUUUUGUUUUUUGUAUUUUUAUGUAUUUCAUUGUGCUGUUAUCUGUUGCCCUUCUGGACAUUAAAAGGUGGGGUGGAAAUGUUUAUAAUUCAACUUCAAUCUAUAUACAAGCUAAAGCAUAAUGAAGAGUUAAAACAGCCUUCAUUUCUUGACUUCACGUGGCAGCUGAUCUUUUAAUGUUUUCUAAAGCUAGCCAUUGGAAAAUGAGUAGCAGUUCACCAUUAUCCAUAUAAGUGACAUUUUUUUAGGCUUAAAAUAUGGAGCUCUAAAUUGCACACAGUAAUAGAGAAGAGAUCAGAACUAAGAUCAUUGUUGGGUAGAGAUGUGUGUUAGUGAGUGUAUUCUAAUUUUAAAACUCUAAAAAGGAAUAUUAAUUGCACAUAUUGUUGAAUAUUAUUUUUGAGUGACCCUCUGGGUUAAUAACGUUAGGAUGGAAAUGAUGAAAAUUACUAUAUUCUACAAAUCUGAUAAAAUGGUUAUAUGAUACUACAAAGCCUGACUGGCUCUUUGCAAAUGACAUUCUUUGAACAAUGAAAGCUUGUGAUAAUUUUGCCCAGUGGCAUGGAAAAGCUGAAACUUGCCUGUAGCUAUAGUGGCAAAAAGUAAUUGUAACCUAGUAACUUGUACCUGUAUCAAAUAUAUUCCUUACAGCCUCUGUUUACCCUAGUAGCACUGUAUGCUUGUUUCCUCUUUCCUCCCCUUCUUUAAGUUAUUGCAUAAUAAGUACAUCAUGUACAAUGCUGCUGAUUGUAACUGCCAAAGAAUUGGAUCCAUUUCUCCAGAUUUAUGGGAGCAAAGUCUCUAAAUAGAUAAGCUUUGAGUAUGAAAAGGCUGAAUGAAGCUGUUUUGUCUCUUUGCAGUAUUUGAGACGUAACGCUUAUAUUUUGCGGUCAGUAAAAAUUUGUGGUAGUACUUGACUUUUCAUGCACUUACACACUCUGCUGAAUAAGGUGAUGGGAAGGAAAGAGCAACUUCAGGUUGCAGUAACAAAUGUCAGAUUUCCGGGGCGGGGGGCAGGGAUUGAAAUUUGCAUUGCAUUGCAAAAAUCUACAGUUUGCAUUAAAAACAAUCCUUAGCUUGGGUGGCUAACCUGUGACUCAGUUAUGGCAGAGCUACAACUCCGAUAAUCUCUUUACCAUUUUUCCUACUGACUAAUGGUGAUGGGAGUGGCAGCGCAGCAUGUUUCCCUUGUAUUUAGUAAAGGUAAAGGUACCCCUGACCGUUAGGUCCAGUUGCAGACAACUUUGGGGUUGCACGCUCAUCUCACUCUGUAGGCCGAGGGAGCCGGCGUUUGUCCUCAGACAGCUUCCGGGUCAUGUGGCCAGCAUGACUAAACGGCAAACCAGAGCAGCGCAUGGAAACACCGUUUACCUUCCUGCUGGAGCCGUACAUAUUUAUCUACUUGCACUUGAUAUGCUUUCGAACUGCUAGGUGGGCAGGAGCUGGGACCAAACAACAGGAGCUCACACCGUCGCGGGGAUUCGAACCGCCAACCUUCUGAUCGGCAAGCCCUAGGCUCUGUGGUUUAUUUAGUAAAGAAGCCUAAAAACUUUGAAACAGAGUCAAGCUUGCCUAAUAUUUGCAGUUGACACCCAUUCAUUGUAAUUAACGAACUUAAAGAACUUGGAAAAAAGAGAGCUGGAAGAUUUUCCACCCUGUAUCACUGAAUGCAGAUAGGUGAUCAAAUUUUGGCUGCUCCUCUGUGCUACUUACCCUGCAGAUAAAAAACAGUACAGCAGACAAAAGGCUGCACUACAAUGGUUGCCCUUGAAAUACUACAUUUAUCUUUGCAGGGAGUUCUUUUGUACAUGAGGAGGUAUUCAGAAGUGGUUUGCUGCAGCUGUACAGUACCUUGAAGUGGUACAAUCCCUUUUAUCGCCUAAUUGUGUAGUCUAUGUGAAGCUGCUUAGUAAAGAGAUGUGAGAGAACUCCUGAACUAUUGUCAGUCGGGGUCUCUUGCCUAAUAGUUAUGCAACGUUUUGAGUAACAAGCAACCCCUUCAGCAAACUGUAUUGUGUAUUCAGUAGAAAAUGUAUUUCUGUUCUGUGGCAAAUUGCUUUUAUUAAUCCCAAGCAUAUUUUGUUACAGGUUCUGGCACAAAAUGAAUAUAAUUAGGGAAAAUAAAGAUUUGGCCUGUUUCUACACAACUAAACAUUCAUGGAGGGGAAAGUAAGUAGCCUAGUUUAUUUUAUUCUACAGCUUUGAGGUGGUAAUGACAUACAAUAGCUUUUCUGCUAUCCAGCUGUGAGUUUUCAAACUGGUCUGCUAAAAUUUAUUUGAAUUGGAAUAAUCUAAUAAUCUCUUUGUGAUUAAUCAUAAAUAGCACUGAUCUCCUAAAUAGCUUAUUUUUAUGUAAGCUUAUGUUUCAACAAUUUAUUAGUUUCAGGACAUUUUCACACAAUCAGUUGUUGAGUGGUCAGUUUAUUAACUGCUUCCUAUACAAUUUAUGAACUAGAGAUUGAUUAUUGCAUUUCUAUGCCGCUUUUCAUUCAAAUGAAUCUCAAAUAACAACAUAAUAGAAUAGAAUAUCACAAAUGCAACAUACAGUGGUACCCCGGGUUAAGAACUUAAUUCGUUCUGGAGUCCCAUUCUUAACCUGAAACUUCUUAACCUUGAGGUACCACUUUAGCUAAUGGGGCCUCCCGCUGCCGCCAAGCCGCCGCUGCGCGAUUUCUGUUCUCAUCCUGAAGCAAAGUUCUUAACCCGAGGUACUAUUUCUGGGUUAGCAGAGUCUGUAACCUGAAGCAUCUGUAACCGGAGGUACCACUGUAAAUCGUAAAAUUAACAAAUCAUCAAUGAAGCAAUUACAAUUUAUAAAACUGCUAACAAAACAGCAAUUAAAAAUAAGCUAAACAUCACAAUUACAGCAAAAGUCAUAUGAUAAACUAAUCAGUACAGCAUUUAGUGUCUUAAGAACAAUAUUAUAGAGAAGUAACUAUCCAGUAUACUAAUAUUAGACUCCCUUUGAGUAUUAAUACAUAUUGUAGCCUAUAUGGCACAAUCCAUGCACAAGAGGGAGGUAUCAGCAGUUUUGGGGAAACUCCAACGUUUGCAGAGCAACAAAACCUAUUUAGUGGCUGGGAGGGUACACUUAAGAGAACGGGGGGGACCCCAAACAGCUCAAUGAGGACUGAGCAUGCUCAGUAGGCACAGAAGGCUGGGUGGGGUAGGGUGGGAAGGGGAAAUAGGAAAAAAUGCAUUGAAAGAAAGCAUGAGUUGGUGACUGGAACUCUGGAUAGAAGUGCUUCAAACUGCAACAUAUUGUUGCAGGUCUCACACAACUGUAAUCCCACGUAUUUGCUCUGACGCUUCUUCUUGCAAUGCCUGCGUAAUCCGUGUUGCAAUACAACAGUGGCAAAGCAGCUUUUAUGCAUCCCAUUUCAAACUCCUGCUUGCCAUCAGAGUAUAUUCUAGGGUGGGAUCUCAAGUUCCAUAGUGAAUGCCUAACUUCUAUCUCUUAGAAACAUGCCAAAGAGGGCAGGGGAUAAUUUUCCUUGCCCCAGAUAUUGGUGAGUCAUGUUGAUGACUCACCUGAAAGAAGCUUCAUGAAUGUUUAUGGCUUAUUUAUAAAACAAAAGCGAUUUUUGCUGCAAUAUCUCUCUCCUAAUUCUGUAGUUUCCGUUAAUGUCUUGUUUCUUGUUGGUUUGUUUUUUAGGUAUAAGCGAGUCUUUUCAGUCGGAAGUCAUGCCAUCACAACAUACAAUCCUAACACAUUAGAAGUUACAAAUCAGGUAAUGCCAAAUACAUAGUAACUUCAUGAAAAUGUAUUAUCUCCGAAACUGGAUUGAGUUGGUUUAUAUGCCAGUCCUAUUGAGAGAGGAAGGAUGUUCGGAGACUAGAGGGAGUUGCAUGAGUUAAUGCCAACAUUAAUGAUUUGGCUAACUUAUGUCUUGGUAUAUGCUCAGAUUAACUACCUCAUGAUAUCCUUUGAACACGCAGUAAGAUAACUGGUUGGGAUAAUAAAGGUUUACUUUUCCCAUCCUUUCAUUGCCCAUUUCUCAACGAUAUAUGGAUUUCCAUCCAUAUUAGUGAAUGUUAAUAUUAAUGUGGAAUGAAGUAGUGCCGUUAUUUGGAACCCAAGAGUAUAUUUUUGGUAUCUGGUUUCAGAUACUGAAGAAUAGCUGUUGACCUUGAUUAAAUGAAAUGUUAUAUUUAGUUGCCUUAAGUUUGUACACUCUCCAAAUGCUUUGUGGGGUUGAUCAGCAAUUUGAUAUGAGGGUGUAAUAGAAUUAUAAAAUUACCAAGCGUAAUUCUUUAGUUUUCUUGUCUUAUAUCAGAUUGCUUGAUAUCCGUGCUUGGCAAUGAUUGUUGUUGAGGAGACGGAAACCUGAAGGACUAUAGACUUAAUCACAAUGUGAAAUGUGUGUCAUUUCACCUGGAUCUUUUAAUGCCUUCUCAUUAUGGAUAUUUUUUUCCUUUGGUGCCAUGACUGAGUACAGAAACGCUGAAUAUGCAAUACCUAGGACUGUUGGUAUCAAAAAGUUUUAAUAUGAAUAAAAACGAAAAUAGAUAAAUUUUAAAUUUAGAGUUGGCAGUCUGCCUUGGGUAGCCUGGGGCUUAACUAUCACAUUCUCAUUAAACAUGCAGAUUGCUGCGAUUUCUGACACUAGGGGACACACUGGAGAUGUCAGUUUUUUGAUCUUUGUGCAUCUUGCAAUUGUAGAGUUGGCUAAUUAAGGGCGAUGAACUUUAGAAUAGGUUUCUGUGCCUGAUCCUAGGAGUAUGGGACAGUGGUAGUUCUUUAUCACAGUGCCACUGACUAAUGGUCUCCCUACCUGGGCUGUUGGAUGUUCUGCGCUUGAAGUUCUGCUACCGGUGUUUUCAGAGGCAUAAAUAAUCUCCUGUUUUCACUCUUCCAGUAUAAGAACUUCUAAACUUGGAGCACCUUAACAUCUCUUGGGGGUCACUUGUAAGUUAAUAGGAUGGGAUUAAAGCUAUGAUUUAUGGGUAACCAAACAAUUAAUGUACCUAGUGGCUAAGAGCCUUAUAGUGCCUAAGGUUGGAAGACAAACAGCUCUCACCCAGUGGUUUAAAAAUCUCACUUCCCUUUCUGCAUUUGAAUGCAUUAAAUGUUGUAUGGAUACCUAAAUAUGACUCCCUAUACUAAUUUAAAUCAGGAAGGAUGGAAUACUUCCUGUUUGAAGUCAGUUGGCAAUGGUUUUUUUGUUUUGUUUUUAAAUAUUAUUAUUACUUGUUUUUCUCUUUUUAUUUUCAAUGUACCAUGUGACAAAAAUCUCUGUAUACGUUUGAGUCAUUUAUGUUGAUAUAUGAAUUUAUGAUACUAUGGUGAUAAAAUAGAGCAUUCUCCAACUCUGAUCUUUUGGUUUAGUGGCCUUAUGGAGAUAUCUGUAGCAUCAGCCCUGUUGGCAAAGGACAAGGAACAGAAUUCAGCCUCACAUUUCGUAAGGGAAGUGGAAAAAAGUCUGAAACACUUAAGUUUUCUACAGAACACAGAACAGAACUCCUCACAGAAGCCCUGGUAGGAAGCUUCUAGUUCUAAAAAUCUGAAUUCCUGGCUACCUUGCACUCUUUAUUGCUAACUGUAACGUAAUGAGGAACAUUCAGUUUCUGCUGGAUGCAUGAUUUUAGUGCAAUAUGCAACACAUGCUUGCCAUUUUUUAAUUACUGAUAACUCUCAGGACAGCAAUUACACCUCCACCAGCUAUACUUUGGAGCCAAGCUAUAGGGUUGGGCUAAAACAACAGUGAUCAAAAGGAAAAUAGCCACCUAGUGCUCUUACAAGUUUGCAAUGCUAUGUAAUAGAUGGGCUGAAUAACAGUAUUUAUGCUUCUGCUUAUGCAAGUUCUUUCACAUACAAAACAUUUGGUUGCAUCCAAUGAAACCCUGCCAUUUGUGCAGUGGAACAUCUCUUCACGCCAGGGGUCAGCAAGCUUACCGAAUGAUGGGCCAGUCCACGCUCCAUGUGUUGGAGGAUGGGCCGGAGCGUGUGCACACGUGCUCUCUUCCAGGCCGGAGGAGUGCACAGGCGCCAUCAACCCGUAAGUCUGUCCCCAUGCCACGCCGCACUAUACCGCACUGGUAAGAGUUGGGGGCGGCAGGGGUUGCCAUGGGCUGGAUAGAUGAACCCCGUGAACUGCUACCGGCCCAUGGGCCUUAGGUUGCCGACCUCUGCUUCAUGCCAUGACCCCCAAUCUGUUAUGGAGUGUAUGGGGAAUCCCCAGAGAGGAUUUGGGGGCAUACAGGGAAGAAGAGGGAUAGGAACCUCUGGUGUAAAGGCAGAAGUUCUUGCACAAACCAGAUGAAUUCAUUGGAUAAAACCCAUUAUCAAGUAUGAAGUAUGAAAUAGCCCUUCUGUGAGCUGAGGGGUCCAGUUUGAUGUGCUUGAACUUGAAUUAUCUGCAAAAUAGUUUACGGAAACUUGUUUGGUGUGCUUACCGCUCAUUCUGUUUUUUUUCUCCCCUCCCUCUUUUCUGCCCCAGAGAUUUAGAACUGAUUUUGCUGAAGGAAAAAUCACAGGAAGGGCAAGUAUCUUUUGUCACAUUUUUUGGUUAAAAACAAACAAACCUUGUUUUUAUUAAAAUUUUGCUUCCCUUGAAGGCUGAGGCAUUUACAGGUCUUUUAAUUGGAGUGGGGAAAUACUUUCCCCCCAUUUCCAAAUUGGCUAGUAAAUGUGCUUUGUGUGUGUUUCUAUACACUCUGCGUAACUCGGUGCCCUGGGACUGCGGAAGGGAGGGUGAUGCGACUUUGGCCUUUGCUGCCAGCCAGAAAAACAAGCGCCAUUUGGAUGUUCAAGGGCCAGGAAGUGCAUCAUGGUAAGGCGGAGACUAGACUGGCUCCAGCCUUUGGCGAAGGAAGGAGCAAUUGCAGGCCUGCCUGCCUGCCUGCUAGAAAUAACUCUUCUCUCAACUUCCAGCUGAUUUGGGAUUGCAAUAGUGAGGGGGAAAGUACCGUAUUUUUCUGUCUAUAAGACGCCCCCAUGUAUAAGACUCCCCCUAUUUUGGGGGACUCAGAAUUAAGAAAAUGGGAGCGAUUGCUCCUGUGUAUAAGACUACACCCCCUUUUUUAACAUUAUUUUUCAGAAAAGAAAAAAAAAACCUAGUCUUAUCCAUGGAAAAGUACGGUAAUUUUGUCCAUUGCCACCCAUUGGAAGACUUGAGGGAACUGGGUAACUUUUAAAUUACGUUAACGGCAUUCAGGAUCAUUUGAUCAGAAGUUGGAAUAGAAAUAUUAAAAUGACUCUUUACCUUUAUGGGCAUUGUGUCUUCUUUUCAUGUUCUACUCAUUUCUUGAAUUAAUUGUAAUGGGAAUAAUCUGCUAGAAAUGUUUUGAGUUAGAGUCGUUCAAGUUUCAACAUAUGAAAUUACCUCAGACUGACAUCCUUCCUGCCUUGUGACUUGACAGAUUUUGGUACUCUUGUCAAAUCUAUGCACUGAAUGAAAUUGAAAUAAAAAUGACCACCCAUAGAUUUGUGAACAUUAGUAGCCUUCUUAAAGUGCAUGCUUGAAUAGUGUGUGGUUUUUACAGUGUUGCCUUGGUAAGUGUAGCAUAAGGCUGAAGUCAGAAAUAUCUAACUUUCUUUGUAACUAUUUUCUACAGAUGUCAAUUGAUUUUACAGUAGCGUACACCAUGUGUUUCUUUCAAAAUUAUGGACAGCAUAAGAGUUUCUUUUACUUCCUGCCAUUUUUACUUAGCUUAUGUGUGAGAAAAGGAACUUUCUAUUUUUCUGUUUAAUUUUAUGAAGCAAUUUAAGGUUGCAUUUCCUUCUUGGCCAGUGCAACUCAUUGUCAUGUUUCACAGUAUUGAAAUCAGCCUUAAAUUGCUCAUCUUUUUUGGAAUAGAACAUCACUAAUUCAUGGUAGUAAGAGCAGUCUUUUAUGUGUUAAUUUUUCCUUGGUCGCAAAACAUUUUAAAAGUAAGGUGUGUUGGCCCAUGGGGGUGGUGGAGGGGGAAUCCAAAAUGCAUAUUUAGGCAAUACCUUUAUAUGGCCAACUAACAAAACAAAACAAAAAAAAGCAUUUGAGUGGGAAAUGUGAAAUUUUCAUGUAGCUUGUUCUAUGUGACAAUGGCGUUCAUACAUAGUAUUUCACAGCUUGUACAUGUUCACAGGACGCGGGUGGCGCUGUGGUCUAAACCACAGAGCCUAGGGCUUGCCAAUCAGAAGGUUGGCAGUUCGAAUCCCUGCGACAGGGUGAGCUCCCGUUGCUCGGUAUAUGAAGAGAGUCCAAUGUGCUUGUUGGAUUUGCAGCACUGAAAAUAUAUGGCUAGCUGCACUCAGAAAAUAUUUUUAGACUUCUGUUCUUCAUAUUAAGCAACUGCUCCCCUAAGUUGUGAUACUGUAUUUGUGUGUGUGUGUGUAUCCCUUCCGUGUCCUUACCUACCACUUCCUUUUCACAGAGAUACAACUGUUAUAAGCAUCACUGGAGUGACACAAGAAAACCUGUAAUUCUAGAAGUCACUCCUGGAGGCAUUGACCAGAUUGAUCCUGCAACAAACAAAGUCCUAUGUUCUUAUGACUACAGAAAUAUUGAAGGAUUUGUUGAUCUGUCUGAUUAUGCUGGAGGCUUUUGUAUACUUUAUGGUGGAUUUAGUAGACUAGUAAGUAUCCUAACAUUACAACUUCACCUAUGCCUAAAUCAAGACACCAAUAACCUUGAAUUCAGUAGAUUUGGUUCAUUUGACAAGGCCAGAAAGUGUAACUGUGUGUUGUGCAGAGAAUCACCUCCAUUUUCCUAUCCUGUAUCUUUCAACAUUCAGCUUUAUUGAAUGACCCUGUGUCCUGGUAGCUUGAUAAAGAAAAACCUCUUCUCCACCCUGUGAAUAAUCGUAUGCACCUCCUUCAUGUCCCUCCUUAUUCACAUUUUUUUUCUAAACUAAAAAGCACCGAAUUUUGUAGCCUUUUCUCAUAAGAGAGUUGUCACAUCCUCUCAGUCAUUUUGGUUGCUCUUUUCUGCAUGUUUUCCAGCUGUAGAGGUGUUUUUGAGGUGUAUUCUAAGUGUGGUUGCAUUGUGCAUAGUUGCCCAGGUGUUUGAGCUAGAAAAUACAACUGAUCCUUAGCAAAACACAGUUAUGCACUGAUGGCUCUUGGAUAUUUUGAUUCUUUUGUUCAGCUGGUGACCGGACAGUUGAGAGAAGAUGAUAAGCUGUGAAUUAUUUCAUACUAAUCGCUAUUCACUGUGUUCAGUUCUACAAAUUCUGUUGUAUUCACUUUUGUAGCUCUUAGGAACUUACUGAAGUCUCUUGAAUUUUUCAGCAUUUGUUUGCUUCUGAGCAAAGGGAAGAAAUUAUUAAAAGUGCAAUAGAACAUGCUGGCAACUAUGUUGGCAUUUCCUUGAGGAUAAGGAAGGAACCUUUGGAAUUUGAGCAGUAUUUGACGCUUCGCUUUGGAAAAUACAGCAAUGAUGAAUCUAUUACUUCUUUAGCCGAGUUUGUGGUCCAAAAGAUAUCUCCUAGGCAUUCGGUAAGGCUUAAAAAUGUGAAUACGUUAUUUGAGUCCUGAACUUGGGGGGUGGGGGGAAUCCCUUCUGGAACUUGAAUUGUGUGUUUCUUUGUGUGAAUAUGUACGACUUCUAUAAAGAAUGUGCACAACUAUUAGUAUGCAACCUUGUGUUACCCUUAAAAUUAUUAUUUUUUUAAAAUGAAUUUUUGACACAUCAAAUGGCUAGGAUACAAAGAAGAGAAAACCAGUUAAGUAAGUCCAUGGGGCUUUACGUGCUCUUUUGUGGAUGGCAGCCAUCCAUCCAUGUCCCACUACAUUUGAGAAUUGUUUCCACAGAAGAUGGUGGUGUGCCGUGGUAUUUCAAGUUUCAAGGGGAAAAGUGAAAGUUGCAUUAGGUUAGGCCAUGCCCCUUGCAUUAACUAAGGAGCUGUUGCUUUUUAACAUCAAAUAGUAAAAUAUGGGGGCAGCAGACAUAGUAUGAUGAUGCAGUUGUUCUAUGCAUUGCCUGUAACUAUUGCUUAUCAUGCAUCUACUUAGAUUUAAUAUUAUUGGUUCAGUUUGUUUUUGUUCUUAGCUUGUAUUUUUAUGCUGUGAGCCACCCAGAGAUCUACGGAUGAAGGGCAGAAUACAAAUUAAAUGAACGAAUGAAUAAAAAUUUAGAAAUUCUAUCAAAAUUGUCAAUUAAAAGAUCAGUUACACUUAGACUUUGAUUAUGUGUUUUUUUCCCAAAUGGAAAGAACCGAGCUUCCUUCUUUUUUAUAUAUUUUAAGGUAGAUUGGCAAUUGCCAUUCAUUCUAGGAUAUUUUUUUUUCUGAGUCACAUAAUGAACGUUGGUGGUACUGUCGAGAUUAAAAUAUUACCCUUUCUGGGGAUUUGUACCCACUUUUUAAAAUUACAUAAUUAAUUUGUAUACUACCCUUCAUCCGGAGGGCAGUUCACAGCGUAAAUGCAAAACAAAAGCACAAAUGCAUAUUAAGAACAAGAACCAAACAGACCAAUAACCCCCGCCCUCCCACAAACACAUUUAUGAAAGGGGCAUAGAAUGUUAAUCAGCCAAAGGCCUGGUUGAAGAGGAACUUUUUCACCUGGCACCUAAAGAUGUAUAAUGAAGGUGUGAGGCAAGCCUCCCUGGAGAAAGCAUUCCACAAAUGGGAAACCACUAUAGAAAAGUCCCAUGCGCAUGUUGCCACCCUCUGGACCUCUCCCAUGGAGGAGAUGUAAGAACAGGGCCUCAGAAGAUGAUCUCAGGGUCUGGGUACGUUCAUAUGGGGAGAGGGGGUAAGCAAUAGGAUCAUGGCCAUUGGGUUGAAUCAAGGCUUGGUCAUACUUAGAACAAACCCAUAGAAACUAACAGGCUUUCUCCAUCCUGAUGCCCUGUAGAUAUAUUGGAUUACAACGCUCAUCAGCUGUGUUGGCCAGGACUAAUGGGAUUGAUAGUCCAAAACACUUGGAAGCCUGCAGUUAGUUAUGGCCGAGUCUGUACCCAAAUCAUAGCAAUCGACAUUACUUGCUACCAGAAGAAAAUUGCCCCCAAAUGUGAAAUCUCUUACUUUAGCGUUGCCAUACAUCCGGGUUUUCCCAGACAUAUCUGGGAUUUGGCGGGUGGCAGUAACUUCCGGGCAGAAUUUCCAUAAAUGAGUCAAAUGUCUGGGAAAAACCAGACAUAAGGCAACCCCAGCUGGUGACUCACCAGGUGGCCCUUGGCGGCUCCUCCAGCGAGGCGGUGUGGCUGCUUCAUCUCAGCUCGCACCGGCUUCCGAGCAGACUAGGGAUGUGCUGAGAAGAAGCAGCCCCAGUGCUUGCAGCAGAUCGCGGAGGGCCUCUGCGAUCUGGUUCAGGCAGUGGACUCGCCAGGCGGCCUUUGGUGGCAGUGGCAUCAGUGGCUUCUCCAGUGAGGCACUGGGUGUGCUUCUUCGGACUAGGGACAAGCAGAGACUAGGGACAAGCCCAGCGCCCUCACACCUUGCAUUGUUUGUGAGCAGGAAGCCAAAGAUAGCAAAAGUAAGGCGGGCGACAGAGAUGUGGGAUGGUGUUUGUGUGUGUGUGUCCCAAAUGUGUGUGAUGGGGGGCGGGGUUUGUCUGGGUUUUUGAACUUUGGAACAUGGCGACCCAAUCUUAUUUGGUGUCUGUGACUAUGAAUUUAAGCCUCUUCCCUUUAUUUUUGUUUUUUGUUUAAAAGGAACCAGUGAAAAGGAUAUUGGCUCUUACAGAAACGUGCUUAGUGGAACGGGACCCAGCAACCUACAAUAUUGCAACACUGAAACCCUUAGGAGAGGUAGGGAGGAAACUUGUUUAGAGCUUUGGAUGGGGUGUGAGGGAAUAGUAACCUUUAAGCUAUCUAAAUCUACUGUUGUACAUCUAUUAAAAUCUGAAGUUUACACAACAAGAUUUGUAACCAGCUCAAAUGCAACCAUAGUGGGAUGUAGAAAAAACAAAGAGUAUGUCGUUUACAAUACUGAAACUUUGAGUGUGUCAUUUAAAUACAGUGUGCAGAAUAAUGACAACCUGUUUGAUACACUCUUUCUUUAAAGGUAUUUGCGCUUGUGUGCGAUUCUGAAAAUCCACAGCUUUUUACCAUAGAGUUUAUCAAGGGACAAAUCCGAAAAUAUUCUUCAACAGAGAGGUAUUUUUAAACAGUUCUUGAACGGUUGUUCUUUACUGGCAUGUCUUGGGUAAACCACGCAGUGCUUACAUAGUUAGUUUCACUCCUACAACCAGGUCGCAAUGCUGCUUUUACAUUUGAUUCAUUCUAAGCUUAUGCCACCUCUGGGAGGGAAUACGGUACCUUCUUGACAUCAAACCCUGUAAAAACUACAGAGGAUUCAAACAGGAUUCUGAAAUAAGUUUCCCAACAGAUAGGUAUAGGUAGGUAGGAAUAGCCAUUAGGGUUUGUUUGUUUGUUUGUUUGUUUGUUUGUUUGUAUUUUUAAAGAAUCCAGUUCUAUCCCAGAAGGAAAAAUAGAAAAAUCAGAUACACAAAGCAAUGAAUGGCAGGGGUGAAUUACCAGUAAAAAUGUGAUAUGCAGGUAGGCUUUUGUCCUUACUGAGUUUUAAAAAUACUUAAAGGACUCACUGGGAAAUGUCUCACCUAAACCUAUCAGUUUUAUUCCCCAUCUCUGCAGAUUAGUGCAGAUGAUGAUGAUAUGGGAAAUGUAUUGUUGUCUCUCCUAUUACCUUGCAGAAAGCUAUUCAUUAAACCACAGUUUCCCUCUCACUUAAUCACAAGCUAGUUACCAGGUCUCCAUAUGUCAACAUGUUGCCUUAGUCACUUUCCUUUCCCUCAAGUCACCCCCUGCAGUGCCGUGAUACAGGUUAGAGUGUAUUGAAAGGACUAUCCAGUUAAAACUUCCUAUUACGCGGCAUUCUUACGUUGUGAACUGCCGUGUGAUCUUUUCACCCUCCAAUGCCAUGAUACAGGUUAGGGUGUAUUGAAAGGACUAUCCAGUUAAAACUUCCUAUUACGAGGCAUUCUUACGUUGUGAUCUUUGGAUGAAGGGCAGUCAACAAAUUAAAGUAAAUUCUGUGUUUGCAGCACUUGCCCUAUAUAAUCUUUAGCAGAAUGAAAUGUGUAUGUUUUUGUAUUCUUAUAAGCACGCUUAGCAUCAUUGGCUGGAAAAGCUAAUUGUUGGGACAAUUUUCCUAGGGACUCAUUGUUAGCCAGUUUGCUGGAUGGAGUAAGAGCCUCUGGAAAUAGGGAUGUCUGUGUGAAAAUGACACCAACGGACAAGGGGCAGCGGUGGGGCUUGUUGAGCAUGCCCGUGGAAGAGGAAGUCGAAAGCCUUCAUCUCAGGUUCUUGGCAGCACCUCCAAGUAAGUCUUCUGCUUUCGGUUUCUAAUAUUUGAAAAGAGUGCGUUGCAAGCUUUUUGCAAAGCAAGCUGCGCUGACAUGCUGCAAUAUCAGUCUGCCUGACACUUAUAUCCAUGCCUGUCCUGUUGCAGAUGGCAACUUUGCAGAUGCUGUUUUUAGGUUCAACUCCAACAUUUCCUAUAGUGGAGUUCUGCAUGCAGUGACACAAGAUGUAAGUUAAAAAGUCAUUCUUCUAUACAUUUUCUCUUCUGCUCCUGUCCAAAGGGUUAACACCUUUCCGCUUUCCUUCAGGGCUUGUUUUCAGAAAACAAAGAGAAGCUAAUCAACAAUGCCAUAACGGCGUUGCUCUCGCAAGAGGGUGACAUGACAGCAUCAACUGCAGAGCUUGAAAGCCAGUUCCAAGCUGUUAGAAGAUUAGUUGCAUCCAAAGCGGGAUUCCUUGCUUUCACUCAACUUCCAAGGUAGGUGCUUGGCUUUCAGCAGCAACCCUGGAAUAGUCUGUGAGUUAUUUAUGUUCUGAGUCCAAUUUUGAAGUUUGAGUCUUCCACAAUGGUUUCUGUGAAGCAACAUCAAUACUGCUGUAACUGUCCCAUCUCCCUUGCUUUGCUCUUCACUAUUGUUAGCUGAUCUCAGUGGUACAUAUUAUCAGUGAUGGAAGUAUAGACAGUUUUUCCCAAGCCUGCAGAUAGCUCAGCCUUACCAUUAGCCCGAUGAAGGUCAACAUCCUGUGUCAGGACGUCACCAGCACCCCAUGCAUCAGCAUUGGUGACCACACUCUUGAGGUGGUAGGCAGUUUUGUCUACCUGGUUUCCACCAUAACCAGCAAGAUCUCCAUCAACACUGAGCUGGACAGGUGUAUUGGCAAGGCAGCUAUGGCAAUGGCUCACCUCUCCAAAGCGGUCUGGGAGAACGUGAUGCUGAUGACCAGUACUAAGAUGAAGAUUGCAUGUUGAGCACUCUGCUUUAUGGAAGCGAAUUGUGGACAACUAAACAACCACACAGAUCGACAUCUCAAUGCCUUCCACAUGCACUGUGUCAUGGAGAUUUGGGGCAUCACGUGACAGGAGUCUCAAACAGAGAUGCGCUCUCCCAAGCCCACAUUCCCAAUAUUUUCAAACUCUUGUCUCAGCGACGUCUAUGCUGGCUUGGUUAUGUCCACAGAAUGGAAGCAGCACAACCAAAUGCCUUUAUCUGCCCCAGUUGCAACAAAACAUGUCUCUCCCAUAUCAGUCUCUACAGCCCCAGCAGCCACUGUUAUUUACCAACGAUUUGAUUUCAUCCCCAACAGCGCACUCCUCCAUUGUCUCCCAAGACUGGCAGAUGCCAACAAUGUAUGGACAGUGCUGGGUUAUUUAACUACAGUUAAAGGAGGAUGGUGUCUUGGAAGUAGCCCUCAAGUUUUUCACUCAUUUUAAACUACAAGUUUGAUUGUACUCUGUACAGCAGUAAUUACAAAGAUCUUAAGAGUGAAGUUUAUGUACCUAGUGCUGCAAGAAUGCACACAGUUACGUGUAUCUAUUAAAAGGUGCAGAAGCAGGUAGAAAAACUGUUACCCUUUCUAAUAAUCACUGGAUCAAAUCUAUAAAUGUAUUGGAGGUUUAGUGCUGGAAAUGAUUUUUUUUUCCCUUUUGGCUUCUGCACAUCUAUUUACUUUUAUUGUGCUUGGGGGUUUUGGGACACCUGGUGGCUUUAGUUAAAUAAAAAGUACCGCCCGAUCUUUUAUGGGCCUCUCAGUGGCCUCCCAUCCAGAUUGCUGACCAAAUGCAUUAGGCUCAGUAAUGCUACAGCUUUUGUGUUCCCCGGUUCCAGCCAUUGAUCCUCAGCUUUUACUCUUCUUAAACUUUGCUCUUCGAACACAGUUUGGCAGCUCAGUUGCACUUAGCCAUGUAAUUCAUUUCCCGUGACAGACAAGGUCUCGAUGCGCUUGUUUUUCCCCUGCUAUUCCUGGCAGCAAUUAUUUAGCUGUAGCUUAUUAGAAGCUUUUCUUUUUACUGCCAGUUAUACUGUCCACAACUGCUAGGCCAUACCAUUGAGCUUACAUGAAUAAUUUUGAAAAAUCUAAAAAGAAAAGUAAUUGACUGAACUUUUAGUAAAGUUCAAGUUUACUGUUCCCCAAAUAUCCUGCUGUCAGUUAUGCUUGAGUGUUUAUUUACACACAUUUUAAGUUAGGGCUUUUGAUAUUUGUCAAAAUAAUGCUACUAUUUCAGUAUUCAGUCUGAUGCUUUGCUAUGUUUUGAAAGGUUUCGAGAGCGCCUGGGAGUGAAGGUCGUGAAAGCUCUUAAAAGGAACAAUGAUGGAGUAACUCACGCUUCCAUUGAUAUGCUAUGUGCCCUCAUGUGUGUGAGUACUCUUAAUACGAGUAAGCUAAAAUGGGAUAUUUAUUUUCUUGGUUUGAUGGGUUAUAAUUCCUACAAUGUCAUAGCCUCCAUAGGAAGAAGCAGCACUAUGUGGAGUUGUAUAGCUUUAUCUGAACCCCAUCAGUACAGGUUUUGAGUGAUAAACAGGUAACUGCCUAUUCAGCUCUCCCCAAGGCUAAAUACUAUAUACCUAAUCAAUCAAUGGUGGGGACAAUGUUAGAGGAGCAAGAAGCUUUUUCUCUCUUCCUUUACGGGUGUGGGGAUUAUGUGAUCCUUGAUGGUGGAGCAGGGGAGGAGUAAAGGGCGGAGAGCCUUAGUUACACAAGGAAGCUUGAGUGACUUGUUUUAGCUUAAGUAGAUUUUCUGACGUUAUAAGAACCAUCGUCUUAGCAAGAAGGAUAUUGCAGUGUAUCUCAUUUAAAGAAUGGAUGUUGUCUUGAUAUAUGACCUCCCAAGUGCAUAGCCUAUCUAUGUUAAAGGUAAAGGGACCCCUGACCAUUAGGUCCAGUUGUGACCGACUCUGGGGUUGUGGCGCUCAUUUCGCUUUAUUGGCCAAGGGAGCCGGCAUACAGCUUCCAGAUCAUGUGGCCAGCAUGACUAAGCUGCUUCUGCCGAACCAGAGCAGUGCACGGAAACGCCGUUUACCUUCCCGCCGGAGUGGUAGCUAUUUAUCUACUUGCACUUUGACGUGCUUUCAAACUGCUAGGUUGGCAGGAGCAGGGACCGAGCAACGGGAGCUCCCCCCUCAUGGGGAUUCGAACUGCCGACCUUCUGAUCGGCAAGCCCUAGGCUCUGUGGUUUAACCCACAGCGCCACUCGCAUCCCCUAUCUAUGUUAUUUUGGGACAAAUAAGGCAAACUAUGAACUCUUUAAUUUUUAUCAUGCAUUUCCUGCUAGCAUGUGUUUCCAUUUAGCUGGAGCCUUAAGAGUGUUUGAGACCUACAUUCUGAUGAAAUGCUAUCUUUUAUCCAUAGCCUAUGCAUGAUGAUUAUGACCUGAGGCAAGAACAACUAAAUAAAGCAUCUCUUCUUUCUUCAAAGAAGUUCUUGGAAAACUUGUUGGAGAAAUUUAAUUCCCAUGUGGUAAAUAUUUCACAUCAGUCAAAUAAUAAAGGGUUCUAUGUUUUAUGGGGGGUGGGGUGGAUAUGUGGGACAGAGGUCCUACAGUUUAGAUAAUUUAGAGAUUUGUAAGAAUGUUCAGUUUUGCGCCUUGGUUUUGGUCUGAUCAUGCCUCUCCGUUGAAUACACAGUUGUAUUUGAAAACUUAAGUGGAAGCAGUGAGACAUAGCAAGGGCGUGCCACUUUGUAGCUCAUAAGCCAAAGACAAUUUUAGCGAGAGUUUUUAAAAAAGCAUAUUCAUCUAUUUUUGCAUGCUGCUUUAUCUGACAUAUCUGAUCUUCCUUUUUCAAUUUCAGGAACAUGGAACAGGUGCCCUAGUUAUCAGUUCACUUUUGGACUUCCUUACUUUUGCCCUCUGUGCUCCAUAUAGUGAGACGACGGAAGGGCAGCAGUUUGAUAUGUUACUAGAGAUGGUUGCAUCUAAUGGGAGAACCCUCUUCAAGCUCUUUCAGGUGAGUUUAACGUUAAGAAAGGAGACAGCAAAGAUUCCACCUUGUUUCUCCUGCUACUUGAACUGAGCUAAUACUCUUGAGGGAAAUUAACACCAUAUGAUGGUAAUUUGCCAUAACAUAUAAUGCAAGCUGUCCCACAUUAUUUUACUAACUCCCAUUUUAGUAGGCUAAGAACUUUGUUGUAUGGGAACAGGUCCAGCUUUGGAGCAGAGAGGCUUUUGAUUGGAAAACCCAUUAAAACCAUCAACAAGUAGCAAGAGCCAGAAUGACAGCUGUGGUUCUAGAUCUGUGUAUUAAAUCUGCCCCAGUACUCUAAAUUCUUUACUGUAACAGGUCACUUAAUGCUGUAGUGGGAAAUAAUAAUGAUAGAUCAUAGAGUUGGAGGGGACCCUGAGGAUCAUCUAGUCCAACCCCUCAGUGCAGGAAUAUUCAGCUGUCCCUCAUGGGAAUCGAACCUGCAAUCUUGGCGUUAUCAGCACCAUGCUCUAACCAACUUUGCUAUCCAUACACUCCUUUUUAUUACUUGUUUUGCAGCAUCCUUCCAUGGCCAUUGUGAAAGGAGCUGGAUUGGUUAUGAAGGCAAUAAUAGAGGUAAUGCAUCUAUGCAAUCUUGUAAUAUUUUACUUCUUUAUAAAUAGGAAUGAAAAUGGCUUAGUUACUCAGACAUGCAUCCAAAGCCUUUUUUUUUUCCAGGAAGAAAGUUUUCUGUUACCACUUAUUGCACAGUUGCAUUCAGCUGCUUGGAAGGAGCAGUUGGCUCACAUCUUAAGGGUGUUUUCUCAGGGGUGUUGAAUGCACAACAUGGUGGACGAUGCUGCUCUCUUGUGGCUGCAGACAGGAAUCGUAGACUGUUCUUUGUCCAUUAGACACACACCCAUCACUUCAAUCUCUUGACUGACAAGCUACGGGAACAGGCAGGCUAUAUAACUCAGCCCAAAUAAGGAAAAUAGUACAAUGGUACCUUGGUUUACAACCAUAAUCCGUUCUGGAGGUCCAUUUGUAAACCAAAACAGGUUGUAACCCAAGGCACACUUUUGCUAAUGGGGCCUCCAGAAAAACAUUUGUUUGUAAUCCAAAAAAAGUUUGCAAACCAGGACACACUUCCGGGUUUGAUGUGUUCGUAAUCCAAAACAUAAGCAAACCAGACUGUUUGCAAACCAAGGUACCACUGUAAUUGUAAAAACAGCAAGAACAUCAGCCAAACUACUGAAACUUAGAGAAAGAACACUGUACUAAACAUUUAGUAGGAAAAAAGGUAACACUGGCCAACUGGGUGGUUUGAUUCAUCACCUUUAGGAAACACCCUUCUGAAAUUUGAAAUGAAAUGAAAUGUGUCCAUAAGCCCCAAAAGGAUGGCAAACCCAAACCCAAUAUACAGAGAAUUUCUCUCUCUCUCUCUCUCUCUCUCUCUCUCUCUCUCUCUCACUGUCUCUCACACACACACACACACACACAUAUGUAUAACUUAAUAAAUUCUAGGUAGCACACAGAAUGAAAUACAAUGAAUUCAGUAAAAUUCAAUUUUGAAUCCUAAACAACCCUAAAUACCUAACAUCCUUAGAAAUAGCAACCACAGGCAAAUCAUUUAACUCCAAAAGGGAGAUACUAUCAUAAAACUAAAACCUACCCAGCCACCAACAAAUGCACAUUAGUUUGUGCCGAAAUAGCCUGGAAGAAAGGAGUAAUAAUAACAAUAAUUUAUUAUUUAUACCCCACCCAUCUGGCUGGGUUUCCCCAGCCUCUCUGGGCGGCUCCCAACAGAAUAUUAAAACAGAAUAAAACAUCAUGGCCACGUUCUCUAUUUGAAAAAUAUGAAAGCCAACUACUCUUCAGUUCUCCCUGUAGCCAAGGGACGUAGCAGAGGUAAAAAAAAAGCACAUAAUUUUAUAAAGUACCUUCAUUUUAAAUACCGUCUACACUGUGAAAGCAGUAUAUUAUCUCUGAUUCCAAACAGUCCGUUGUUUGGCAUUGCAAGCUAAAGGCAGAACAACUUAACUAAGAUUCUUUCAUGGUUAUCCUCUUGCUGUCUUUCCAAAGGAGGGAGACAAAGAAAUAGCAACCAAAAUGCAAGAUCUUGCCCUCAGUGAAGGUGCCUUACCUCGUCAUUUGCACACUGCUAUGUUUACAAUAAGCACAGAUCAAAGGAUGCUUACGAAUAGGUAAGUCUAUGUCGCUUGCUUGCUAUCAUUCCUCUUGCAUGAUAACCUCCUAAUUGAAUAACCUGCCCCUUCCGAACUGGUCACUGCACAGACAGUACCUGACUCACUAACGGUUUGUUCCAUCCCACCCUACCACUGAGUAGACCACCUGAAUUGAAGGUAGCAGGUUAGAAAUCAAUAGGCAAAAUUAUUGGAGAGAACAUGCUGAAAACCACUGUUCUGUGGUAAUGGCAAUUUGAAAAAUAACCACAGAUAACCAGUGGUCACAAUUGGCAUUAAGAAGUCUGCAAUCUAAGUACAAUUAUUUGUAGUCUACCCUAAGACUUCAGGAAGUGUAGGCUGCAUAGCAGAAAUACAGUUAAGUUGGGAGUUAGACUCCAUAUAUUUAACAGCAGCUGCAAAACAAUGAAACGUAUUACAUGGUCUGAAGUUUAAUCAUUUUCUAGCAAAUAAGUAGCACAUUUCUCAAUCUCUGUUUCUCAGGCAGCUGAGCAGGCAUCUAGUGGGCCUCUGGACAGCUGAAAAUGCAACGGCGUUAAACUUGUUGAAGCGUAUUUUGGUAAGAGUCUACAUUAAAUGUCAUUCUUAAUUUUGCUUGUGCUGUUUUGUAGUUGACUCAGCUCUGUCUAAUCAGCACAUGCUUUAAGUAGGCUGUGUAGAAACCAGUGUUGAAUAAAUGUUAUGCUUGGAUGUACACAUGUUGAUGGAAGAUUUCAUGGUGGAUCUAGAGCAGGGGUCAGCAAACUUUUUCAGCAGGGGGCCGGUCCAGUGUCCCUCAGACCUUGGGGGGGGCGGACUAUAUUUUGGAAAGAAAAAAAUAACGAAUUACUAUGCCCCACAAAUAACCCAGAGAUGCAUUUUAAAUAAAAGCACACAUUCUACUCAUGUACACACUGAUUCCCGGACCGUCCACGGGCCAGAUUUAGAAGGCGAUUGGGCCGGAUCUGGCCCCCAGCCCUUAGUUUGCCUACCCAUGAUCUAGAGAAUCCUUUAAGCAUGUACACAAACUUGUGUACAAGCAUAGUUUUUCUUCAGGUUUUCUGAAUUGUAGCUCUGCAGGUGUCACUCCACAAGUUCUAUCACGUUUCGGGAAAGGUUCAGUGGAUGAGACUUGGGGUUGCCUCUUAAUCUCUGCUCUGUAUAUGAAAUCCCCUGCAAGUCUUCCCCCUCCCCAGCCCAAAUAGAGAGAAGAUCUGGUGCAUUGAAGGAGUUUUUGGAGCUUUUCCUCAAACUUAUAGUCCCACAUGCUUCACAGCAAACCUUUUGAGAAGGUUUGAAAAGCAGUUUGUGAUAUGGCACAGGGCCAUUUAUCUUGGGGGGGGGGGAUACCAGCUGGAAUCAUGUCCAAUGUAGCUCUAAGGAGGAAAAAUAUAUUUAAAAAUCCUAAAUCAAAUGACCUACUGGACCAGUUUGCAUGUUCCAGUUUGCCAUGGUUUAUUGUGAAUAAGCCCUGUGCACACUCCUCAGUUUCCUCUUCCCUAGAGCUGGGAGAAACAAAUUAUGAGGCUCGGCUUAAUGUUGGGUGUGAACCAGCUCUUGUGGUUUGUUUCUCUCCAAACAAGCCAAGUUUUUUUCCUGGUUUGUAUGCAACACUAAGCCGAUGCCUCAUGAUGCCCAGCAGGUGGGCAUGAUUGAGCCCCAUUCAUUAGCCUGCUGCUUAUUCACACUAUAAGUCAUGGUUUAUUGUUUGUUGUCUGCUAUAAAAUUCUGGGGGGGAAGGCAUUAAAAUAAACAUUGUGUGGAAAUGGUGAGUGAUACCCAAAGAGGUAGAAAGCCCAGAAUGCAGGCCUGAGAAUCAGUCCCAUAGCUUAUCUGGUAAACAGGACUUCAGCCCAUUCUGGAAGAGCUAACUUUUUAAUUCAGUUGGGUUCAUAUCCUACUGGAAAAUAUAUAUAAUUAUAAUAAUUUAUUUAGACCCCGCCUACCUGGCUGGCUUUCCCCAGCCACUCUGGGCGGCUUCCAACAGAACAUUAAAAGCAUGAUAAAACUUUAAAAACUUCACUAAACAGGGCUGCCUUCAGAUGUCUUUUAAAAGUCAGGUAGUUGUUUAUUUCCUUGACAUCUGAUGGGAGGGCGUUCCACAGGGCGGGCGCCACUACCAAGAAGGCCCUCUGCCUGAUUCCCUGUAACCUCACUUCUUGCAGUGAGGGAACCACCAGAAGGCCCUCGGAGCUGGACAUCAGUGUCCGGGCUGAACAAUGGGGGUGGAGGCGCCCCUUCAGGUAUACUGGGCCAAAACCGUUUAGGGCUUUAAAGGUCAGCACCAACACUUUGAAUUGUGCUCGGAAACGUACUGGGAGCCAAUGUAGGUCUUUCAAGACCGGUGUUAUGUGGUCUCGGUGGCCACUCCCUGUAACCAGUCUAGCUGCCACAUUCUGGAUUAAUUGUAGUUUCCGGGUCACCUUCAAAGGUAGCCCCACAUAGAGUGCAUUGCAGUAGUCCAAGCGGGAGAUAACUAGAGCAUGCACCACUCUGGUUUUGUUAAUAAACAUAUGUUCUUCGACUCAAGAAACUUGAAGCUUUUUUGUGGUUUUAGCCCGCAGGCCUGCUCUUAUACCUGGACAGUAGCGACCCUGUUCCUGAAAAAGAUGCUGACCGGAUGCAUAUUAGGGAUAACUUAAAAAUUGCAAAUGUAAGUAUGACAUGCUCCACCUUUAAGAGGCUGGAAUUCCCUUCCUUUGCAUUGUUGUUGCUUAGUGCCCUACAUGGUGCAUGAUCUGAGGACAAGGCACCCUUGGAUAUAAUCAUUGUAAUAUUUCAGUGUUUCAUUUCACAUUUCCCGUGAAAUUAAUUUGGAUUAACGAUGAGCUUUGUUCUGCAGGAUCAAUACGGAAAAUUUAAUAAAGUGCCAGAGUGGCAAAGGCUUGCAGGAAAAGCUGCUAAAGAAGUUGAAAAAUUUGCCAAAGAGAAGGUGGAUUUAGUAUUGAUGCACUGGAGAGACAAAAUGGGGAUAGCUCAGAAAGAGGUAAUACGCUUAAUCCUCUGCCUUUUUACUUUGAGCACCAAUGCUGCUUUUUUUUAUAGUACCACCCGAAACGUUAACGAAGAAGAGCUUUGAUUUUAUUGGUAUCUUUGUGCAUUUAAUUAAGAUCCAAAUACAUUUUUAUCCAAAGAGAAAUUUGCAGGGGUGGGGGAGAGGAUUUCUCCAUUAAAGGUGAUGGCUGGACUUGCAUAAUGAACAUCAGUGUUCUUUGUUGGUCUCAAAAAAGAAGGUCAAAAUAGUGUGAGUUCUGCAGUUCUCCUGCCAUACUUUCAUCUUUUGAGCUUGGGCAACUGCUACGCUCCUUGUAGAAUGCAUGACCUGGUGCUUCCAUUCCUAAUACUUUCAGUAACAUUGGACCAAAGCUGUCCAUUCAUUUUACCUCUUUCCUACCUUCCUUCUUGUAGUAAUUGUGAAGUUUCACAGCCUUCUGUGCCUGUUGCGUGGUGGUAAAAUUUGUUACUCUUCCUUGAUGCCAAAUGUACUGUUAGUGGUGCUUGAUGAAUGGUGGUUAGAUAAGUGUGGAGGGGCAAUGGUGUGAUUUAGAUCCCUGCUCCCUCUUGGAUUCCUCUUUCCAGGCUUAUGAUCUGGAUCCUGCUUUCCCAUGCUCUUAUUUAGUAUUCUUUUGUGAAUUUUGUUUACUUGUGGUUCUUCUGGCAUUCUGCACUUUGGCAUCUUGGAAAACGGAAGUCUAAAUCACAAUGGCCUGUUUGUCAAAUGUGCUUUCAUUUUGUUGUGUGAGGGCUUGUCAUUUGACUUGCUGUUGACUUGGCAGGGAAUAAGGGAUGAUGCAUCUUUUGCAGGGCAUCGUAUGCAAGUACUUUGUCCAAAGCACUUGACCUGAAAUAAAUGAAGACCAAAAAACUACUUAGCUUCACAUCAAAUUAUAUAGCCGUUAAAUCAAAACUUUAUGUGACAGAGCAAUGGGGCAUGGCUUCCGUUUUGGUUUAAAGGUGGUCUUUCUGUUGAGUUGCUUAGCAGAUAACACAUGAUAUGGGGACUGUAGCUAGAUUUUCCAGAGCUACAUUACAUUGCCUUACUGUUAACUGCCAAAUAGGCCUGAGUUUAUCUACUUAUGGGCUGUAGAAUCUGGGGGUGAAUUUGAGGAUUCUAUUCUGUGAUGAAGUUACCUUGGAAGGUUUCUUGUAGAUGAUUGUUCUACGUAUUCAAACAUGUGAGAGGAGCUUUUGUUAAAAAUUCAACUUUUGUUUUUCUUUCUACUUCCCAAAUACUACCAGGACAGAAAUAAUAUGGUGAGUCUUGAGUCCUUACUCCCUUCUGUAGAGUGUAGAUGGCCUUGAAUUAUACCUGGCAUGUAGUGACCUGUCUGUCUGUAUACGUUAGUUUGAACUAUUUCUUGUUCAAGUUUGGCUUGCAUUCUUCUGAGCUGCUCCUUUAUAUCUCCAUUCUGCAAGGAAGUAAUCCUCUACUCGCUAAUUUAAACCCCAUCCGUCCAGUUCUAGUUACACCAUUCCAGAUUUAACAGGCAUGAUUGUCUUGUCAUUCCCAUUCAUUUUGGUAACACUCUAAAGAUGUGGCUUUCCUGCAUGCACAUUUAUUCUGUAACACAGUUGUGGUCUUAUUGCAUUGUUCCCGCAGUACCUGAUCCAAUGAGGUUGGACUCAUUGGCAGUAAAGUGUAAUCAAAGAGAUAGCCAGGUCACAGUCAAGUGGCCCUUGCUCUCUUAAUUUUUAUAUGAUUGGUACAUGCUGGUAAAGUUGUUUAUUCUUGUUUUCUAACAAGAUAGGAAAAAUGUGUCUCUUUUUAGCAUCGAGACAGACCUGUCUUGGAGUAGAACAUAACACAUUUAACUUUUUGUUCAGUUUAUUGGAAUCUAUGCGAUCUCAUCUCACAGCGUGUUGACAGUUUUGGAUUCACAAAUCUUCCUUUGCAGAACGUUAAUCAAAAGCCAGUCAUCCUGAGGAAACGAAGGCAAAGGAUAAAAAUACAAUCAAACUGGGAUCUCUUCUAUUACAGGUACAAUUCUUUUGCUUUAGCCCAGGGAUGGGCAACCUCUCUUUGGCCCUUUGACCCCUCCCUCGGUCACAAAUCUUCACUGGCCUUGCUUCUCCAUUGCCAGGCUGGAAUGUGGCCUGGAACUCAGAUAGUGACUUGUGCUUGCCAGAAUGGAGGAUAGAGAGGGAUGUUUGAAUGUGUGUCAAAACGAGGUACAAAGGUAAAAUCUGCAUUCAUUGUGCUGCCCACUUUUGUCUCCAGCACUGCCUCCACUCCACGCCCCCAAAGCAUGUAUGGCUCCUGGAAGGUUUCCCAAGAGGGCAAUGAUCAGGCCCUCGCCCCCUAUUUUGGUAUAGAUUAGAACUGCGUGUCAGAUCGAAAUUGGAGCAGUGCCACUUUUGUGUGAAAUGUGCGUUGCAGAAAUGAAGUGUACUUUAGGAAGAUUUAGAGAAACCUUGGUAGGAAUACUCAUGCGCCAAUGGAAUGCGCACUCUGCUUUUUUAAAUAGCAGCGGCCGAGGUUUGUUGCAAGCAACCUUUUGAGGUUUCCUCAAGUUUCAAAAAGAUGCUCACUUUUAUAGAAGGAGGAUGUAAAGCCAUUUUUAAAACACAGCAGGGGGAAUAUCAUUAAGUGGUUCUGGGGAUUGUUGCCCUUAAUUCCUAUUAAACGUGCAUCACCUAAACAUGCAUUACUUUAAGCACAUAGUUUGUAACUUUAAGAAGAGUUUGGAUUUGAUAUCCCGCUUUAUCACUACCCAAAGGAGUCUCAAAGCGGCUAACAUUCUCCUUUCCCUUCCUCCCCCACAACAAACACUCUGUGAGGUGAGUGGGGCUGAGAGACUUCAAAGAAGUGUGACUAGCCCAAGGUCACCCAGCAGCUGCAAGUGGAGGAGUGGACAUGAGAACCCGGUUCCCCAGAUUACGAAUCUACCGCUCUUAACCACUACACCAAAGCUACACAUACAAUAAAAAGGACUGAAACUGCCUGAACUGACUGUCAGCAUUAUUUACUUGCUAUCCUGAGCUAGUUAGCGUGUGGAUUACAAGUUUGAAACAUACUUUAUGUUUCUUUUUUUAAUGUAUAUCUUGCCUUACAACACCAAAAGCGGGCAAUACAACAUUUUACAAAAAGUUUUAAAUUAUUUUACAUUUGUUCAAACAUUCAAGUUAUUGAUUUAAGUUGGCUUUAAAACUAUACAGUGGUACCUUGUUUUGAGUCCGGGAUCCAUUCCAGAGCCCCAGACACUCGACGAAAAGUGCGCUCAACAAAGCGCCGCUCUGUGCAAACACGUGGAGCAGUUUGUGUUUCUGCGCAUGCGUGAAGCGCAAUUUAGCGCUUCUCAUGCGUGAGUGGCAAACCCAGAUGUAAGCCCUUCCUGGUUUGCCGCAGACGUCCGCUGAAAUGGAUGCUGGACGGGGCGAACAUAUAUGGAGGUACCACUGUAGUUGGUAUAGAGUAGCAUCUGGCUGAGGAGAUUUCACCCCUCCCAUAUCCAAGAAUCUGCUGAUGUUCUCUGGUGAUUCUCCAGAGAGGAGGGGCGGUUUUCUGCUCACUACUUAUUCCGCUCCAGCAUCACAUCAAAGAGAGCAGAAAGAGAGAGAGAGACUGAGUGUUAGAGAGAGAUCGUGUGUAUAGAUAAGGUUGCUGCUAAGAGCAGCUGCAGACACUCAGUGCAGUUCAGCAUUUUUCGUUUAGACCUCACUUAGCUCUGUAUAUAGUUGUGUAUUAUAGUUGUAGAUAGAAUAAAGAAGAUAUUCUACAGAGCUGCUCUCCGAGUCGUUUAUGCUCUGCUAGACUCUGCUGUGCGACGACUGUCUUCUUGUGGAAGUGAAUCCGGUGCUCACAACUCUAAGCUGUGAGUCCACAGCACUAUGACCUGUUCCUGUGCAGAAGGUGGUCUCUGGAAGUGCUACCCAGCUCGCCUAGCCCAGUCGGGGCUGGAGUUGAUGAGUCCAGUUGGUGACACUGGCUCAAGGGCGAUGCUGACACUGGCUAGCUUGAAUGCUAAUUGCUGAGCAGUUUUCAGAUCUGUAGAUAUAUGUAGCAGAAUAUACUACAUAGUACAUAUUAGUUUAGUCCUUGGUGAGACACGGUUGCCAGUUUGAUACUUUCCAGUACUGUUACCAGUGGGUGGGUGCUUUAAAUUCAGAAACUUAGUUCCCCCCCCCCAAUAACAUGUAGUUAAAUGCUACACACAAUCUGCUUCCCAUGUGUUUCUGUAUUAAGAUUUCUCCAAGAUCAUGCUAGAUCCAAUUUGAUUUGGAAUUUCAAAACACGGGAAGAAUUAAGAGAUACCCUGGAGUCUGAGAUGCGGGCAUUUCAGAUCGACAGAGAACUUGGCAGUGCUAAUGUCAUCUCCUGGAAUCACCAUGAAUUUGAGGUACGCCUUUACACAGCGCUUGUGUUUCAUGUAAAGUCAUCGUUGAUUUUGAACAUCCCUGUAUUGAUACCUGGAUACAUGUGCUGUUACUUACAGAUGCUAGAAUAAAAAGCAAGCUUCAGUUUGAAAUAGCUUUAUAUAGUCUGUAUAUUCUGUCAACUUAAGUUGCCAUUCUUCUUUGGUUGGGACCUCGCUCAACUUGCAGACUAACAUGUAGACUAAGAGAACAAGAAGAACAUACAUUUAAAGAAGAUUAAAAAACAUUGAAUAUAUGGGAAAUAAUUGUGUACAGCUGAAAACGCUGGCAGCAUUGAGAUAAAUUCAACAGUGUAAAUAAGUUUGGAUGGAUGCAAUAAUGGAAUACUGAAUGGUAUAGUUUAUGUAAAAUAUGCAGGGAUUUAUGAUAUGUAAAAUGAACCAUGGAAAGAAGAAGAUAAGUCAUUGAUAACUUCAGGAUGUGAAAUGAGUAUUUUAAAUUGUAAAACAGAAAAGUUUAUAAAAAUUAUAUGAAAGAAAAAAAGAAAUAGCUUUAUACAGUUCAGUGACCUUUACAUAAUGAAAAUUUUAUAUCCGCGCAGUUCCUGCUUAUAGUAAUUACUGGGACUGUCAUUAUAGCAAAGAAAUUUAAUCAGUUCAUCUUACUGAUUUUAUUUUGUCGUUGCUCUAAUUUUACUUGAGCAUUUCUAAUCUGAAACAAGACCUUUUCAGUUCAGUGGAGCUUACUCCCAGAUAAGGACGCAAGUGGCGCUGCAGUCUAAACCACUGAGCCUCUUGGGCUUGCCAAUCGUAAGGUCAGCAGUUCAAAUCCACGCAAUGGGGUGAGCUCCCAUUGCUUUGUCCCAGCUACAGUUCGAAAGCAUACUACCACAAGUAGAUAAAUUGGUACUACAGCCUCGGCCCAGUAUACCUGAAGGUGCGUCUCCACCCCCAUCAUUCUGCCCAGAUAAUAAUAAUAAAUUACUGCAGCAGUAAGCAGUGUUUCCAUGCGCUCUGGCUUCCGUCACGGUGUCCCGUUGCACCAGGAACAAUGUAAUCAUGCUGGCCACAUGACACGAAAAAGCUGUCUGCAGACAAACGCCAGCUCCCUCGGCCUGAAAGCGAGAUGAGCGCCACACCCCAUAGUUGAAUUCAACUGGACUUAACUGUCCAGGGGUUCUUUACCUUUACUCCCAGAUAGGAUUGCAGCCCUAGCUCUUUUUGUCAGUUUAAAUGAAAUCAUUAAAACACAACAGUUCUAAAGGAAGAAAACAUGCACUUUGCUUUUAGAUGUUGUGGCUGUGUCAUAGCAAGCACCCUGAUAUAACAGCUCUCCCCCUUCCCUUUUUUGUGUACGAGGGAUGCACCGCUUCUAAGAUGGUGUUUGUCAUCUAUACUCUUUAUUUACAAUUAAUAUUUUUAUGCAGUUAAUUGGGGUCCUCUUUUAAAGCAACGUUUUAAAUCGAUCAGACUAUUUUAGUCAAAUAAUACCUCAUAUUUAUUAUCAGGUGUAGAAAACUGCCUGAUACGUAGGUGUUUCAGAAAAGCUUAUCUUGAAUAUCUUAAACUGAGUAUUUUAAGCUAAUCUUCUGGCACAUACAAACACAAUCCAUUCUCUCUCUGUUGAUGAGAUUCAUAUAUGUAUGGUGGGUUUUUCUUCAUUGUAUGUUUUAGCUUACAAACUAAAAUGUAAAAUAGAGUAUUAUAACUGACCAGUUUGUUGAUUCUGGAACUUCAUUCAAAAGUUAUGUUCCCACCACACAACCUUGAUUCCUUAGCAAUUAUGUCAGGAACUUUUGCUCACUUCCUGUAUCUUAUUUUUCUCUUCAAAAGGUGAAGUAUGAAUGCCUGUCGGAUGAAAUCAAAAUAGGGGAUUAUUACUUGAGAUUGCUGUUGGAAGAAGAUGAAAGUGAAGACAGUGGAGCGAUAAAGAAAUCGUGAGUUACUAUUAUCUUAAUAUUCCCUCUGAAAUCUUAAUUUUCUGCAUAAUAAACCUUUUGUUCUACCUUUUUCUUCCUACAGGUAUGAAUUUUUCAAUGAGUUGUAUCACCGUUUCCUGCUCACUCCUAAAAUAAGUAUGAAAUGCCUCUGUUUGCAAGCCUUGGCCAUUGUUUAUGGAAGAUGCCACGAGGAGAUUGGCCCGUUUAGCGACACUAAAUAUAUUAUAGGGAUGUUGGAGAGGGUAAGCAUUUUUUAAAUUACUACAUACAAUUUGGGAGAGCAGAGCAGGCAUAUUGAAGUUUGUUUUUUGGAAUUCCAGUUAACAAUGCCAUGUGGCCAUUGGACUAAGAGGACUAGACUAGUCCCCUAAUUGUUCCCAUGGUGCCUCGUUCCCAAACCCCAGGAAGCUUCUGCCUGACUUAGGGAGGGAGGUGCGAUGAUCACAGGCGUGACAUCAGCUCCACGCCCCUGAAAAAUCACCCUUACAAGCUGGUGUUUCUUCCCCUAACUGUUCCCCUAUGAAAAAAUUCACCGCACGCCACUGAUUGCUCUGGUGAGAUGUCAUGGUUUAAUUCUAGCCUCCUCUGAGGUUGACCUGUUUCUCCCCCCUCCUACAUGGCUUGGGGGAGUUUCAGAGGCUCCUGCUGAACCCUGACUUUUUUUUUCUGAAUUGGGGUUUGUGCUAUAGCGCUAUGUUUUAAAACCAUAGUUAGUGUUGAAGCCAAACUUCAGCAAAAGAUUCUUGUGGGAGAGUCUGGGAGAAGGUAGGUUUGUUCACAAUAAUGCUACUUCUGAACAUGGUCAGUGACCUAUGGUUUGUCCUUCAGACUUGUAUUUGAACAAAGUUUUUUUAAAAAAAUAAAUACUUAUUUUGAGAAUUUUAUAAUUUACUGAACCUUUCUGAGUUACUUCAGAGUGGAUGUGAUUAACUGUAGCAUUUGCACCUUCAACUUUUAAGGAAGCUAAACAAACGGUGUAAAGUUUUAAGUAUAAAAAAAUGACAACAAGCUUUUCGUGUUCUGCCUGGUCAAGCGACAUAUCUGUGUUGAUCCUUUUUUGACUGUUACACUUUAGAACAGUAAAAUAAAGGAGCUAAAAUGGUGCAUUUUGGAGAGCAAUCCCUACGGCUGCUUCAGUUCUGGUUUCAGCUGUAGAUCUGCUUUGCUUUUGUGCAUCCACAUUUUAGUACAAUAGAUCACUUUCUAGCACUGAUAGUAUAACAAUAGAUGAGUGUUUAGUUUUGCUUACAGAUUUUGGAGAUAAGAGGAUGAUUGCGCCUUCAACAUAACAGCAUAUUUAAUCAUAAAUAAAUAAAUAAAUAACAUUGUAGCACAUUUCUCAGACUUUUUCCUAUUUAAAAAUGUUUUGUAUUUUUCUCUAGUGCACUGAUAGACUUGAGCGGGACCGAUUGAUAGUGUUCCUAAACAAGCUGAUUCUCAACAAGGUGAGCAACCUCCCAUUUCUGCAUAAAUUGUGCCAUUUUUAAUAAAUUUAAAAUAAUUUAUAUUUUAUUGCAGUAUUUAUUGUAGCUUGGGGUGCUCAUAAAUGCCUCCUUCUCCACACAUCUUGCCGCUCUCUUUCAUUUGUGUUAUGGAAUUGGAGGAGAUAUUACAAUUUUGAUCAAUAACCAUGUCAUUAGAUAUGUUGAAUUGCUGAGAGAAUAUUGCAUGUCUUACAAGGAGAUAAUAAUAAGAAUGAUUUUCUCAUUUAUACCCCACCCAUCCGGCUGGGUUUCCGCAGCCACUCUGUGUGGCAUCCAGCAAAAUGUAAAAAAUAAUAAAAUGUCAAACAUUAAAAACUUCCCGAUACAGGGCUUCCUUCAGAUAUCUUCUAAAAGUUGUGUAGUUCUUUAUCUCCUUGACAUCUGAUGGGAGGGUGCCACUGUCGAGAAGGCCCUCUGCCUGGUUCCCUGUAACUUCACUUCCACCCAACAUUUUCCUUAUCUCACAAAGGGUACGAUCCUUUGGUUGGAAAAUCAUAAGCCACUCUAGUUUGUUACCCUUUGAAUCACUAAUAUGGAACAGAAAGGCCUAUAAAAGUCUCACCAAUUAUUUAUUUGGUAUUUGCUAUUAGUCCACCCCCCUGCAAUGCAGGAAUCAUUUGCCCAGCGUGGGGCUCGGACCCAUGACCCUGAAAUUAAAAAUCUCAUGCUCUACCGACUGAGCUACCCCAGCUGUCAGUCCACUGGCUUUAAGAAAGUAUUUUAGAUGCUUCAUGGACAAACACAGUUCAUAUGUGUGUUUUUUAUUUUACCUGUCCUGAUCUUUUAGAGAUAGGCUCAGUUAAAAGUCCCAAAUCCAUAAAACAAAUUCUAUUCUUGUAUUAAGGAAUAAGAUAAAAAUAGACAUCAGGGGUCCCCCCCCCCCAUUAAAAUUGAUAGAUAUGGCUCUUAGAAUAUAUCUGUGAAUUUUAUAAGUGUGUGCUAAUUUUAAAGGUUCUGACGUAUUUGUUUGUACAUCAGUUUAUGUAUUUGUGUGUAUUAGUGUUAUUAAGUAGCCUGUCUGGAUAAUUGUGUAGCAUGAAGUUAAUGGAUUAUGCUUAACUAAAUCACUUAAUCUUGUUAUCUUAUGUUAUAAUUGAACACACGUGACCGUUGUUUUCCCUUUCUUGCAGAAAAAUGUCAAGGAGCUUAUGGAUUCAAAUGGCAUUCGGAUCCUCGUGGACCUCCUUACCCUUGCCCAUCUUCACACAAGUAGGGCAACCGUGCCGUUGCAAGUAGGACAUCUUUAAUUUCUUUUCUUUCCAUGUAUAUAAUUUAGGAGUGGGUUAUUAAAAAGCUGCUUAGCCACAUUGUAGUUUCUAUGAAAUGAGCUUCAAACUGAAGCAUUCGGUGCUGUGAAAGUAGUUCGUGUGUGUGUUGUUUCUAACUCUAAAUGGGGUUGUUGUUGUUUUUCGUUUUUAAGAGCAAUGUAAUUGAAGCAUCACCUGAUAUGAAGAGAGAGAGUGAAAAAGAGUGGUACUUUGGCAAUGCAGACAAAGAGAGGAGUGGUCCUUACAGCUUUAACGAGGUAACUUUUCAAGUGGCGGUUGCGCCUUUUGAGUCAAAGGUAACGAACACAAAAAGCACAACGUUGUUCGAACAACCUUCCUCCCUCUGGUCCCCCUCAAAUAUUUGGAGCUCUCGCUCCAUCAGCCCCAGGCAAAUGGCCAAUGAUCAGGGAGUUUCAGAGCAGCAUGUCAGGGGGGCACAACAUGCCCCUGUAACACUUGAGGAAAGGAUGUGCUUAUAGAUAAUAUCUCAUUCAACCAUUGUUGUUCUUGGAAAUUUCAGCUUUCAUGAAUAACAGGUAUAAUUUCCAAGUCAGCACAUGCUGUGUGGUUUGUAUGGUUGGCUUUGGAGUGAAGAUGCCCGACUUCUUGGUUGAUAAUUCCCUAGAGGUGCAGUAAAUAAAAAGGUGAAGGUAAAGGACCCCUGACUAUUAGGUCCAGUCGCGAACGACUCUGGGGUUGCGGCGCUCAUCUCGCUUUACUGGCCGAGGGAGCCGUCAUUUGUCCGCAGACAGUUUCCAGGUCAUGUGACCAGCAUGACUAAGCCGCUUCUGGUGAACCAGAGCAGCGCACGGAAACGCCGUUUACCUGCCCGCCGGAGCGGUACCUAUUUAUCUACUUGCACUUUGACGUGCUUUCAAACUGCUAGGUUGGCAGGUGCAGGGACCGAACAACGGGAGCUCCCCCAUCGCGGGGAUUCAAACCGCCGACGUUCUGAUUGGCAAGCCCUAGGCUCAGUGGUUUAAACCACAGCGCCACCCGCAUCCCUAAGAGGUGCAGUACCUCCCAUUAAUCCCUUCAUUUGGGCCUGCAGAACUGGGAGAAUUUGACAAAGAAUGGCUGUCAGGGUGUGCUCAGUUGAUUUUUUUCCCCAUUCACUAAAUGGAUGUUACAAUUUCAUCCUGACUGGUGUCUUUUGUUUUUGUACUGCGCAUUUGCUAGCAACUGCUUUUUAAAAACUUAGUCCUCUUAGUAAUUUGGCACUAUUUGCAUUGCAAAUUUCUUCCAUUUGUAGCCUCAGCGGAUCCAUAACCUGUUUGAUUGUCCAUUUUGGUUGGGUCAAAAGUUCUUAGGUUUGCUAAAAUUCUGUGGUGCCUUGAUAUGAUAUCUAGGGAUAAGUUGUUUAAAGGGUAUGGUAGUGUUGGAACGAAAGUGCCUUCAGCACAACUCCUAAAGACAUAGUUUAAAAGAGACAACUGCAUUAUGGCUUUCUGUUUUCUCUGUGGCAAUCCAUUCCUAACAUAGAUGCAGGAACUGUGGACCAAAGGGGUAUUGACUUCCAAAACCAGGUGCUGGGCCCAGGGCAUGGAUGGAUGGCGUCCGCUGCAAGUUAUCCCUCAGCUGAAAUGGUGUCUACUUGCCACUGGGCAAGCUGUGUUGAAUGAGACGGACCUUGCUACACUUAUCCUCAACAUGCUUGUCACAAUGUGUAGCUAUUUCCCCAGUAGGUAAGGUGUAAACAAUGAAGUUGGGUGGGGGGGAGUUGGGAAAGUAGGGGGUUGAAUUAGAUGAUCCUUGGGGUCCUUACCAACUCUUUUCACACAAACACCCAUAGCCUUUAUUCACUCCCUACACAGUUCCAUCGACCUGAGGAGGUCCGUAUCAACCACUUUGAGGGUAACCCUGUUUUACAGUACAGUGGUACCUCGGGUUACAUACGCUUCAGGUUACAUACGCUUCAGGUUACAGACUCUGCUAACUCAGAAAUAGUACCUCGGGUUAAGAACUUUGCUUCAGGAUGAGAACCAAAAUCGUGCUCCAGCGGUGCAGGUGCAGCAGCAGGAGGCCCCAUUAGCUAAAGUGGUGCCUCAGGUUAAGAACAGUUUCAGGUUAAGUACGGACCUCUGGAACGAAUUAAGUACUUAACCUGAGGUACCACUGUACCAGCUGGCCAUUGUGCACUUCAAACGCUGAUUAGGGAAACUUCUUCCCUUUCAGAGACCAGGAUAAUGCCAUUAUAAGGCCUUUGCCCAGAGUGAAGAGGCUCCUUUCUGACAGCACUUGCCUUCCUCACAUCAUUCAGGUAAGCUGAUCUGCAGUCUGAUCGUCAAGAUUUAGAUGGCUUGCUUUUCAGCAUAUUUUGCUUUUUGAAAAGAGAAGAAAUCUUGGAACUUUGAUUGGGAGCAGUAGCCCUAAUCUGAAAUGCACAGUUUAAAACCAUGUUAAGUUGUUGUUUUUUGCAUUGCAGCUGCUGCUGACCUUUGAUCCCAUUCUUGUUGAGAAAGUGGCCAUAUUGCUUUUCUACAUCAUGCAAGACAACCCACAGUUACCUCGCCUUUACCUCAGUGGAGUAUUCUUCUUCAUCAUGAUGUAUACCGGUUCCAACGUGCUCCCCGUUGCAAGGUGAAAGCAAUAAAUGUUUAGCAUCUGUUGUAUGUUUACUUAAACAUAGAGUUUCACACCAGCUAAGUGUGAAUGCAAGGAUAUGGCAUUCGUUUCUGAGAGAUUUUAAGUCAUAAAAUCGUUUUACACUUUUUGUCUCUGGACCACCUUAAAGAAACCAGGCUACCUUGUAUAAUGGUGAUAGUGAGGGGUCGUUUGAUGAAGAGAGAGUCCCUAGGGGCUGUAUUUAGUGCUAGAUGGCCAGUGAGAGCCCAAGAAUCAGACGGAUUAGAGGGCAGGUGCAAGUUUUAUAGUCCCAUUAACCUGCAUUCUGAGCUCAUGCCAUUGAGCUAAAAGUAUAUAUGAAUUAUUUUCUAGGUUUUUGAAGUAUACACAUUCGAAGCAGGCCUUCAAGUCUGAAGAGGUAAGCAACAAUUAAUAUUACAAAAGAAACUGGCAAUGCUUCAACAAAACAAGUCAAUUCCAAGUAUGCGCUAAGUAUAAGCAUUUAAACAGAGAAAAUGUCUGUUUGGGGGGUCUUGUUGCUAUCUGAAACAACUCUCUCUUUUCAGAAUGUGCUGGAUCCUUUUAAAAGGCAAACUGACAAAAGUUUGUUGCGCUGUUAGCUAAACAAUGUUUAACCAAACAGUUGGAAAUAUGUAGCUGAAUUUAGCGUUAGGAAGUUUUGGUGGAGAUGAAUGUGGAGACAACUCGUAAGCGUUAAAUGCGUUGGUAGUUGUGCUGCCAUGUGAUUGUGGAGGCAAGCCGCAGAGCAGUUCGUAGUUGUAGGAGUUGAAAUUCCUUGAGACCAAGACAGCAAUGCUGUACUCGCUCACUGCUGGGUACACAUGUACAGUGGUACCUCGGGUUAAGUACUUAAUUCGUUCCGGAGGUCUGUUCUUAACCUGAAACUGUUCUUAACCUGAAGCAGCACUUUAGCUAAUGGGGCCUCCUGCUGCUGCCGCACCACCGGAGCACGAUUUCUGUUCUCAUCCUGAAGCAAAGUUCUUAACCCGAGGUAGUAUUUCUGGGUUAGCGGAGUCUGUAACCUGAAGCGUAUGUAACCCGAGGUACCACUGUACAGCAAGGGCAAUAAACCUUCGGGCUCGUUCCAUUCGCUUCUGGGCAGCCUUGCAGGGCCCACAUGCCCCAGGGGGGGUGGGCAGACCAGAUGCAGAGAAUCUGGCUUUUAUAGCAGACUGUAUCCCAUCCGUGCAAAAGUCAGAGGCUUUUCCUUCUCCUAUAAAGGCAUUCUCAUGGUUCGAUGACACAUUCCAGCCGGGGAAGAGUACUGGGGGUCGGGGGUGUAGGGGUUUUAGACCAAGACAGUGCUUGGUGCGGCCUAUACGGCCCAGGACCCUCAUACUUACGGGAUCGCCUCCUAAUAUGCCCCGUGGAGGACCUUACGGUCAACAAAUAAUAUCUUGGAGGUCCUGGGCCUCGAGGUUAAACUGGCCUCAACCAGGGCCAAGGACUUUUCAUCUUUGGCCCCAGCCUGGUGGAACGCUCUAUCGCAGGAGACCAGCACCCUGCGGGACUAGACAUCCUUUCACAGGGCCUGCAAGACGGAGCUGUUCCGCCUGGCCUUUGGUCUGGACCCAGUUUGACUCCCCUCUGCAGGACCCUGUAAAUUACCCCUUUGGCCCUUUUGUCGGCUCAUGUGGGACAAACAUGGAUAGCUGGCCCUGAUGAAUACUUGAGUUUCCCAACCCCUAUAGUUGUAAUUCAUGGGCAGUCAUUUAAUUUUAUCCUGAUUCUAAUUUUUAAGCUGUAUUUUAAUCAGUUGUUUGAUUGUGUUUUAAUGUAUUUGAUAUUUGAUGUUAGCCACCCUGAGCCCGGUCUUGGCCAGGGAGGGCGUGGUAUAAAUAAAAAUUUACUUACUUACUAUGGAGAGGGUGGAAUAAAGAGGCAUGAAGGGCCGCCUUUGGACUCUGCGCCUGAGGCUCCUAACUCUUGAUGUAUUGCAAGGGGGUUGGACUAGAUGGCCCUCAGGGUCCCCCUGCCAACUCUGUGAUUCUGCAAGUUGUGCUGCACAUAGUGGCUUGUGAAAAUUAAUACCUCCAUUAUCACAAAAGCAACCGGUAAAGACGUGCAAAAGCGUGUUCAUUUCAUUUUCACACUUACAUCCAUCUUCUUCUUUUUAGAUGAAAGGGCAAGAUAUAGUUCAGAGAAGCAUUCUUGGACACAUCCUGCCGGAAGCUAUGGUGUGUUACUUGGAAAACUAUGAACCAGAAAAAUUUUCUGAAAUUUUUUUGGGCGAAUUCGACACUCCAGAAGCUAUUUGGAGCAGUGAAAUGAGGUAAUUUGAUUUAUACGCUUCCAGCAAAAGAAGUGGGUUCCCCACCACCACCAUCAAUAUUCCCCCCCCUUUUUUUUUUCAGUUUGCUGACUGUAAUUAAAUUCAUCUGAUAUCUUUGUGACUUGCCACAGAUAACAAGGUUUAAUCGUUUAGUGAUCUGGAAGAACGUUAGCGAUUGUUUGCUUCAAAAUGCCUUUUGCAAUUCACAGGCGCCUUAUGAUAGAGAAGAUUGCUGCUCAUCUUGCGGACUUCACCCCUCGUCUUCAAAGUAACACAAGAGCGCUUUACCAGUACUGCCCCAUACCGCUAAUCAACUAUCCUCAGCUGGAGAACGAGCUGUUUUGUAACAUCUAUUACCUCAGGCAUCUUUGUGAUAAACUUCGGUUUCCUGACUGGCCAAUUAAAGACCCUGUAAGUCAAAUGUCUUGCACUCUUCCUCGAUCUGCAGCAAAGCAGAAUUGAAAAAUAAAAAGGGGAAAUAAGUCAAAGAACUGCGAGAGCCAUGACUGCUUUACUGGCAUCUUGAGUGUGCCAUGAUCUUAACAGUUCUGUUUUAAAGUAUACAGUUUCAAAGCCAGUUAAGUUUAAACAAGGAGCGUGUUCAAUGUGGUGGGGAUGUACGAAAGCUAAGGGAUAUUGGAAGAUGAUAUACACAGAAAUAAAAAAGAUGCUGAGGUUGACAUUCCCCCCCCCAAAAAAAAACCCCGAGAUGUUCUUUUUGGGUAUGAUAGAGGGUGAGAUACCUAAGAAUGCAUUAAAUCUUGCUCUUUAUACAACUGCUGCGGCCAGAAUAGCCUAUGCACAAAUGUGGAAGGACAGAAACAGUCCAACAAAAGAGGAUUGGCAGAAUAAGUUAAUAGAAUAUGUGGAGUUAGUGAUGUUGACUGCAAAGAUAAGAAACUUGGGAGAUUUAUGAAACGGUUAUAAUUCUUUAAACAAUCUCCAAACAAUCUCUUUAAACAAUAUUAUAAGAGAGGAGUGGGAAAACUUUGGAGAUUGUUUAAAGAAUUAUAACAGUUUCAUAAAUCUCCCAAGUAGGACUAGAUCGACGAACAGCAGCUAAAUCAAUUAGAAGGUAGAGAAAGAUGCGUAUCACAGCUAAGAGUAAAAGAGAACCCAUGGGAGGGCUGGGGUGGGAAAGUUGAAUAAUGUAUUAUUAUUAUUAUUAUUAUUAUUAAUAAUAAUUUAUUGAUUGAUUGAGUAUAUAUACCGCCCUGUACCUGGAAGUCUCAGGGUGGUUCACAGAAAAGAUCCCAGCAUAUAUGAUCAGAAUAAAAACGAGGAUAAUGAAGAUUAUUGUGAAAUGGAUGUACCAAUUUACUGUUAAAGCAUCAAUGAAAUUAAAAUAAAUAAAGGAGUAUGUUCAAAUUUUCAAAUAUAAGAGAUAAAACUCCUAUAUUGCAGGUUUUCUAAUAGAGAGGAGGGCCUAGGUGGCUGAGUAAUAGCAGCUAUCUCCCCCUUCCUCUCCCUCACCCCCACCCCAGGAAGAUCUGGAAGUUACAUUAGAAGAACUCAUUUGGAAUUUUCUGUCUCCCCACCACCCUGCCCAGGUUAAACUCUUAAAAGAUACCCUAGAUGCUUGGAAGAAGGAGGUGGAUAAGAAGGCACCCACAAUGUCAAUAGAUGACGCUUAUGAAGUUCUCCAUCUCCCAAAGGGACAAGGACAGUAAGUUAUGUGCUCUUCGGUUCCACUGACAUUUUAAUAUAAAUGACCCUUGGCUCGUGUAUCUUGCAUCAUUUAAACUUGGUUGCCCUCUGAUUUAAGUUCUAGAACCGGAAGAACAGCUGGCAUGGCUGAAGUUUUGUACAGGAACGAUAGUAUAAUAGUUCAGCAUUGGAGCACCUCUAUUUCAGACCAGGCUGACCCAUUGAUUUGGAGGCAUAUCAGUUAACUAAAGCGCAGGAGCCCACAUAGCAGUGUGCAGAGAGGAUGCAGGGGAAUCCAGUUUCCAAGACCGGAUUGCCAUAAUAGUUUACACAGGCCUUGCUAUUGUCACAUCGGCAGUGCUGAAAAGUCACUGAAAAUGCACCAUUAGCGCUGCCACCCCUACUCAGCAUUAAAUAAGAGACAGACUGGCCUAGAUCUUCUGGAUAACAUUCGUAGCUAACUCAUAAAAUGUGCUUUGGAAAGUGACCUAAAAUCUGCCGUUCAAAAUAACCUCUGCCAGAGUUUAGUUUGAAAUCUGUUACAUUCCCCCCCCCCCCCCGACUGAAUGACAGCAUAUUGAAUCCUAGGUAAGCAAAUUCUAUAUGUAUCUUACAGGCACGAUGAGAGCAAAAUCAGGAAGGCUUAUUUCAGACUGGCCCAGAAAUACCACCCUGACAAGAAUCCAGAAGGUCGAGUAAGUGCUAUGUAUUAAAUAUAUAUUAUGCCUAUAGGAUGUAUUGGGUCUGAUCUGGUGUCUGAGCACAGGCUCUCUACUGUAUACAUGGAUCUAUCCCAGUUACUGCAAUGGGGGGAGCAGAUUCAAGUGUGCAUUUGUUCAGAUGUGCAGAGUCUCUCCUUUUAUGUCAUCAGGACAGCCCAUUUGUGCACAAAUUCCUGCAUAAUAGAAGUGCAACUGUUUGUUUGCUAAAGCUCUUAAAUAUAUAUUUUUUUACAUCAGAAAGGGGAAACAGUUUUGAGUUAUGGAUCCCAUUACAUUCCAGUAGUGGAAGUUGCCAGACCCACACACAAUCUCUCUCUUUCUCUUUCUCUCUCUCUCUCUCUCUCUCUCUCUCUCUCUCACACACACACACACACACACACACACCUUUUCCCCAUGGUAACAAGAAGCAUAUAUUUCAUUUUUAGUAACUCCAUUCAAGUUUCACCUUCCAUUUUCUUGUGGGGGGAAAUAGCUCUCUCCCAAUGCCCUUUUUAUCUGUCCUUUCUGUGCGAAUGUGGCAAAUCUCUGUAAUCCCGGCAGAAGAAUGUAAAUGAAGUCAGCACAUCGCUGAACUGGAAACCGUUAACCGCAACUGUUUUGAGCCCCAGACUUCAUAAUGUAAUUGCAUUCCCAAAAUUGUAUGGACUACUUUUAGCACAUCUGCCAGGAAUACAGGUCUGUUAAUUUCUCCCUCUGCUUUGAUCUGAUUGUGAGGGAAGAAGUCGUACUUGCACAAUUUGCACAACUUCAAAGACCCUUUCCCUUCUUGCUGUACAACUUAAGGUUGGGAGGGGACUCUGAAACCUGACUGCAGGUCUCAUCCCUGCUUUACAUUAAGUAAUCCUUAGCCAAAUACUAGAAUACUGUGUACGAUGCUGUCUGUACACAUGGCUGUUCUGAAUAGGUUGUACUUACGUUUCUUGUUAACUCUGAUGUCCUACUGUGUGUGUACGUGUAGGACUUUUCAUAGAAGAGUAUGGUAUAAAAGUCAGAAAAACAUUAAAAUAGCUCAAAAUUAGAUCCGUGUCUUUGAAGAUUAUGUAGUAGAAGACAGUCUUUCUUAAAAUCCUGACCUGUUUCUUUUGCAACAUCAGCUGAUUUAUUUUGAGAUUGGAUUCAUAUCUGCUUCCUUACAUGCAUUGUAUUUGCAGGAUAUGUUUGAAAAGGUGAAUAAAGCGUAUGAGUUUUUGUGUACAAAGUCAGCCAAAGUGGUGGAUGGUCCAGAUCCUGAGAACAUAAUUCUAAUUUUGAAAGCUCAAAGCAUCCUUUUCAACAGACACAAAGAUGGUAAUUAUACUUAGCAUCUGAAGACAUAAUUUUGUUCUGUAAAAUACUAAAUCUCAUUUAUGUGUUAUUGAAAACUUUGGGCUUAUUUGGGAGCUCACUGAUUACAACCGAUACAAAUCAUGUGGCAAACUAUCAAGCUCUACCUUCUCAGGUGCAUCACCUUGGUUUUGUUGGAGAGUGGAUUUCUGAAGGAGGGGCAGCCCCUGUACUUUUGGAGGCUACAGUCAAGCCCAAAAUGGACAUUUCUUUGAAUGCAGUGAAUACUCUUUUUUCCAGCAAUUUAAAAUCACCCAGUCUCCACUGAUUAAUAGGUGGACCUUUGUUGGUAGAAAACCUAGGACUUGUUCUAAAGCAGAAAGUCUGCAUUCAAAACAGAGCCUUGAGAUUCUAUUUUCCAAAUGCUGCUCUGAUUCACCUGUAUACUUUCCGAGGAGCUGCCCAGAAUUUUGGGGAAUUCAACCUUGUUCAAUACUUGUUAGGAGCUAAUUUGUUUAGUGCAUUCUGUGUUACACUUCUCCUUUCUCCUGUGUUGUUGGCCUUUGAAGUAAGAAGCCAUAAAAUAAUUUGUUUGAUAUAGAGUAAGUGUCACCAUGAGACUGAUUCACAUGUGCAUGUUAAUUCUUGGCAUUCUUUUCUUUUCAAGAUUUGAAGCCUUAUAAAUACGCAGGCUACCCCAUGUUGAUUAAGACAAUCACAAUAGAAACUUCAGAUGACCUCUUGUUCUCCAAAGAAUCUCCCCUGUUGCCUGCUGCUACUGAGUUAGCUUUCUACACUGUCAACUGCUCAGCACUUAAUGCAGAAGAACUAAGAAGAGAGAAUGGUAUUGAGGUAGGCUCAAAAUCCUCCUGUGGGUUAUGUUUUGCAGAGAGUGAGUUUUAUUCUUCCUUUCUAUUAAGCUCUGGUUUGCAAAAUGCAUUUUAAUAACCCUUUUUGGCUGGGUGUUGUCUGCAAAGCCAGCUUUUCCUCAUAUUUUCUAGCUAGCUGUAAGUACAUCUCAGAACUGCUGUUGCUGACUAUUCUGUAAGCUUGCAUAACCAGUGCUGAAUAUUUCAUGUCUUUGGCUUAAUUUGCCUAAGAAUAAGCAAGUAGAUUGUUAUUUUAAAAACACAAAUAUUAACUUCUAACUUAUAUCAAGCAAAAGAAACAAUAACUGGGCUUCUAAAAAAUGUUGCUAAUAUUACGCCAGAUAAUUUCAGAUUAUUGGUUUGGCUUGGAAUAAUUGAACUUCUCUUUCUCUAACAAGUAGGCAUUUGACGUAUUAAAUUUUACAUUGUGGUUUUAAAAUGGCAUCCGAAAAUUCGGAGAGAAAUAUUUGCUAAAUGAAAACAAUCAUUUCAACUUUUGCUGCUGACAGUGUUCAGGGGGAAAACAUGUCUGUCUAUCCCCACAGAUUCUGCAGGAGGCUUUUAAUCGCUGUGUUGCUGUCCUGACACACUUUAGUAAGCCAGAUGAUAUGUCAGUUCAGGUAAGUGUUCAAAAUAAUCCAGUAAUGGAAGUUUUAGCAUAUGUGUGAAUGUGAACUAAAAUGUGAACUGGCCAUAGGAGACCAGAUUCGGGCAACUGUUCUAACUAUUUACACUAACAUGGUUCUCACAACAUAUUAAAACUGUAGAUAAAAUAAACUAUGGUUUAAUGUGAAUAAGAACAAACCUUGGCUACCUGCUCGUGGUUGGUUUGGAGAGAAACAAACCACCAUUCCAGGCUCGGAUAACACAAGAAGCUAUGGCUUGUUUUUGGUGGUACAGCAGCAACAGGGAAGGAAGGAAACAGCUGCAAUUUCAGUGGUGUGUACCAGCAAUCUGCUUAUUCUCAUUAAAGCAUAGUUUCUUUUAACAAUGGAGAUACCAAAGACUGAACCUGAGAACUUCCACAUGCAAAAUGUGUACCUUACCAUUCUCCCAUUUUGCCACAGCCCGUUUCUGGUGCCAACAUUAAAGGUAAAGAGUAAAGGGACCUCUGACCAUAGAAUCAUAGAAUCAUAGAGUUGGAAGAGACCACAAGGGCCAUCAAGUCCAACCCCCUGCCAAGCAGGAAACACCAUCAGAGCACUCCUGACAUAUGGUUGUCAAGCCUCUGCUUAAAGACCUCCAAAGAAGGAGACUCCACCACACUCCUUGGCAGCAAAUUCCACUGUCGAACAGCUCUUACUGUCAGGAAGUUCUUCCUAAUGUUUAGGUGACCAUUAGGUCCAGUCGUGGCCGACUCUGGGAUUGUGGCGCUCAUCUCGCUUUACUGGCCGAGGGAGCCGGCGUACAGCUUCUGGGUCAUGUGGCCAGCAUGACUAAGCCGCUUCUGGCGAACCAGAGCCGCGCACAGAAAUGCCGUUUACCUUCCCGCCGGAGUGGUGCCUAUUUAUCUACUUGCACUUUGACGUGCUUUCGAACUGCUAGGUUGGCAGGAGCAGGGACCAAGCAACAGGAGCUCACCCCAUCAUGGGGAUUCAAUCUUCCGAUCGGCAAGCCCUAGGCUCUGUGGUUUAACCCACAGCGCCACCCACGUCCCAGGUGCCAACAUUAGACACUUCAUAAAUUGAAAAGAAGUAACAAUGCUUCACAAGACUGAAAGAAGUAAUCACUUGGCAAAUUACAGUGCUGUGUCUGCCUUCCAGGGAGCUCUUUAUCAUUCCUUUUCAACUUCUGAAGCGUGUAUAUUUGUAGUGCAUCUUAUUAUGCACUGUCCCGAUGCCAUAUGACUUCGCAUUUUUCACUUAAUAGGUGUGUGGGCAUGUAAGUAAAUGUUACAGUGUGGCAGCCCAAUUUGAAGAUUGCAGAGAGAAAAUAACUGAAAUGCCAAAUAUCAUCAAGGAUCUCUGCAGAGUACUGUAUUAUGGCAAGGUAAGCUCUUGUAUGACUUCUAUCUUUCUUUUCUAGCCUCCCAUUUCUGUGGAACCUCAGGAGUGUCCAUUAAGUGGAUGCAAUCAUUUGGGCCUAUUGCCUUCCUUUUGAAAGCUGUAGAAUUUCCUUUCAGAGCCCCAGUUCACAUAAGGCUUCCUGGGACAUGUAGACAGUUUUGUUUGCACACUGUCCAAUGGAAUGUACAGACACAGUCCUUCUGUUUACCCUAUUAUAUUCUUAUUUACUCUGUUUACCCUAUUCUGCAAUGUGAUUAAAGCGCUACACUGCAGAAGCAAGAAACAAAAAGUGUGAAGAACGUGCCACUAUUGCAUUUUGUCAUUUUUAUGUCAGAAACACCGCUUGUCUCGUUCCUGCUGAACUGAAGCAUUUCUCACCCAAAGCAAAUGUUUUCUUUCCUACUCAGAACAUUCCCCGCGUGGCUUCCCUAGGGGUCGAGUGUGUCAGCUCCUUUGCUGUGGACUACUGGCUACAGACGCAUCUGUUUCAAGCUGGAGUUCUGUGGUAUUUGCUCGGCUACAUCUUCAACUAUGAUUACACACUAGAAGAGAGUGGGAUUCAGAAGAGUGAAGAUUCCAAUCAGCAGGUAAUGAUAAUAAGGAACUGUGAAUAGACUGCUGUGCUUUAAAUAUAUCCUGAGCAGCAUUUCUAAGAUGGCUGUAGGAACUUACAGUCAUUAUCUUAAAAUCACACACAUUGCUUAAUGUGCUGUGUUUUUAGGUAAAACUUUGCAUGUGUGUUGUAGCCUUUUUUGUGUGGUUCAAAUGACAUUCUCAAGAUCAGUUGUGCUUGCUUGUGCCAAGCUUUGAUCCAAAGAGAAAAGGAAGUUUGAAGAAGGGAACUUCUUUAUAUUCUUUAAAAAAAAAACACACACACACCCCUCUGCAGCACCCAAAAAGCCCCUCUAGAGAGUUAGAGAACCCUCCUGAAUAGUGCACAGUGGGGUAUAAGGAGACACAAUGGCAAAUGACAGUCGCCCUAAAUUGGGCAAUGACAUUUUUGCAAGUUGUGUCCAUUUUAUUUUGCAGUAUUGCUUGUGAAGGAGGGGUGGUCUUGUUUCUUCAUCUACUCAGGAAAUCUAUGCAUGAGAUUGAUUCCCUAUUUUCUGCUAACAGGAAGUAGCCAAUACCCUUGCCAAGCUUAGCCUCCUUGCUUUGAGCCGUCUUGGCGGAUAUCUUCCCGGAGAACAAGCUACGCCUGAAAACCCAACCAUCAGAAAAAGUCUUGCAGGCAUGCUGACGCCUUAUAUUGCAAGAAAACUUGCUGUGGUCAAUCCUGCCGAGGUACAAGAACAUUUUAAUAUCCAUGUUAAUGUUUUUCCGCUUUUCUUGACAAGUAUGCUGAGCAUGUAAGUUCAGUAUGAAAAUUUAGUAAUUUAGAAAAGGAGUCUUGAUUGAGGCACUUGCGAGCACCUUCAGUUCUCUGUGUUGCAGCCAAUGGAUUUUUGUUUAAGAUAGUGGAGUGUUAAUAGAGAUGUGCUGAUUCGUACAGUAGUCAUCCUACUAUUUCUAACUUGUCGUGUCUUUCUUGCCAGAUACUAAGGGCUAUUUCUCAUGAUAUUGCUGCUACAGUAUUUUUGAGUGACUACUGCAUAUGGCAAACCAGGAAUAUUUGUGUGUGUGUGCAUGCAAACAGAAGAGAGAAACAGUGCUUGCUGCACUCAAUAGUUGCAGAAUAGAGACUGUUUCAGAUUACUUCGGUAGCGCUUGAAAUCAUAAAGUGUGCAUCUAGCCAGAGCUGGAGUUUUUAAGAGCAAAUUCCAAAUAGACUCGUGUUAAAGAAUAAAUAAGAGGAAAUAACGUGCACAUUGAGAAAGCUAGAAGGGUUACAGUGGUUUUGUAGUGGUAUUAAGCUGGCCGGAUGUAGAUGCUGUAGAAAAAAUGAAAUAUUCGUCUUGCAUUCAAAUCUGUCUUGCCAUAACUGUUUCUUAACCUAGAUUCUGAAAAUGCUGAACAGCAACACAGAAAGCCCGUACCUUAUUUGGAACAAUCGGACAAGAGCUGAACUCCUUGAGUUCUUGGAAUCUCAGCAGGAAAGCAUGAUUAAAAGAGUGAGGCACUUUUUCAAAUUGUCGGGCUUGUUAGUUGAGAGUUUCUGAGGCAGGGAACUGAAAGAAGCAGCAAGUAAUUCUUGUCGCUGCAUUUUUCAGAAUCAUUAAACUGAGGUGUACAAAAGCCACAUGGCCAGCUUCUUUUAAUGUACAGUUGUACGUCGGGUUAAGAACUUAAUUCGUUCUGGAGGUCUGUUCUUAACCUGAAACUGUUCUUAACCUGAAGCACCACUUUAGCUAAUGGGGUCUCCUGCUGUUGCCGCGCCGCCGGCAUGCGAUAUCUGUUCUUAUCCUGAAGCAAAGUUCCUAACAUGAGGUAAUAUUUCUGUGUUAGCAGAGUCUGUAACCUGAAGCAUAUGUAACCUGAAGCAUAUGUAACUCGAGGUACCACUGUACCAGGCCACAAAAGUUUGGUGUCCUCCCAUGGGAUUUAUAGAUUUCAUCCCCUCAUUUCUCCAUUUAUGGUCUCAUGUUGUAAACAGCAUCCUUUAACAAAAGCAAAUGUAAAUAACUCUGAUCCUAAUUCGCCAUCAGUGAACAGAAAGGCUCCUUCAGUUCAGACAUGACCUAAAACCAGGAGAGGCUCUUGGUGGCAGAGGUGGAGGAGACAGUUUUUCCUGAUUCCUUUAUCCCCUUUGUUGCAUCUCAUAUUGCUCUGGAUGGAGAAGAUGUUGAAGCAGCACAAGGGGCUGAGGGGUAACUUGUUUUCCCUCAGACAUUUGCCCUCAAUUGAGUGAUCGAGAGCUCUUUCUUUGCCAGUAGUACAGCUCAGGUCUUGCUUAGCAUCAUCUUCUUUUUCUUUGGCAAUCACUUGUAGCUGAAUAUGAUUGUCAUACGUAUUCAAGUUCUGCAGCUGGAGGUAAAAGAACAAUUUCAAAACAACCUGCUUUUGGUUGCAGGAUUCCUGUUGUAGCACCACACGUGUUAAAAGAUCAUUGAGGGUUAAAGUGCGACCUGUGCAGGAAUUAGCAACAGCCAUGGGAAAGGACAGAAGUAAUAGAUAUCUUCCCAAGUGCUGGCCAACUCUCCUCCUACCUUCACCUGCUUACAUUUCUAGCCUUUUCUUGCAAAGGAAAUGAGAACUGAAAUCAAAUUCUGUCCCCGCUUCAUGGCUCCAAGCUUAAAGUAGACAAUUCAUAUUGGGGAACUGUACUGCUUUUGCGUCCAUUCGGCUUAAUGUUUUUACUAUGGGAAGCUGCAAAUAUAUUCAAUUGAUUUUUACUUUCUAAAGGGUGACUGUGAUAAAAGCUAUGGAUCUGAAUUCAUCUUCAGUGAUCAUGCAAAAGAGCUUAUUGUAGGAGAGAUUUUUGUUAGAGUUUACAAUGAAGUCCCCACAUUCCAACUGGAGGUAAGAUUCUACUUCUUGUUAUUUGGUGAAGUCUUUUGGUUUUAAAUUGGUUAAUCCCUUUUUUUCCCUUCUUCUUUUUUGCAUACCAAUACAAAACAUGUUAGAUAUUGAAGCUCCUUUCCUUGUCAAAAUAUAGGAUGUACUAAUUUGUUCUCAGUAAAUCAUCAACACAGCAGAAACGUUCAGAGGAUCUAUAUCCAUUCCCUCUGAAUUUUGUUACAUGUUUGUUAUAACUCUUCGUUAAAAAAUUCAAACGAUGGGAAAGCAAUCUUUUCAGAAUGGAGUAACCCUAUACUAUAGAACUUCCUAGACUUUUAUAUAGCAGUCUUACCCUUCCUUUGUUAUAAUCUUGUGAGGAAGCCUUGCCACAUGAAGCUGAAACACUACUGGUGAUGUAUCCUGAUAGAGCAUUUGAUUGUUCAUCCCUUAAUUGUAAAUAGUUUGUAAAAUAUGGAUACACUGUGUUAAGCAGCAGCAACAAAAUGUUUACUUCCUAUCUAUCUUUUUAAUUUUCCUUCUUGCUUGUUUGUUAUCCUACAGCUUCCAAAAUCAUUUGCUGCAAGCCUCUUGGAUUACAUAGGCUCACAAGCCCAGUACCUUCAUACAUUAAUGGCCAUGACUCACACAGGGAAAGUGGAGUCAAACCAACAUGGAGAGAGGCUCAGAAGGGUUGAGAUGGCCUUGGAGGCUCUGAGAAAUGUAAUCAAACACAACCCAGGUAAGUGAGGCAUGUUAGACACCUUAAACAUUCCUGUCAAACGAAACCUCACUUUAGAUUUUGGACGUUUUAGAUGAAUGCUUAGUCAUACAGCUUAUCACCAAACUAAAAUGGCUGUUUAAGCUGAUUAAGGUGGGUUUUUUUUAAUUUAAAAAAUGUUUUUAAGAUACCUUUGCUUGAAAGUGCUUUAGUUUAGUCCACUUUAACCAUAGCAGCUGUUUUUCUCCACGCAGGUUCAGAAUGUGAAUGCAUAGGUCACUUUAAGUUAAUCUUCUCCCUUCUGCGUGUCCACGGAGCUGGUCAAGUCCAACAGCUGGCUCUGGAGGUAAAAACCAAAGCGAUAAAAGUUUCUUGCCAUAGGAGAAAGUUCUUUACUUCGGAAUAUAUUGUGUAGAUUAAUCAAAGCGGUGUUCACUUUUAUGACAAAUGUAAGGACGUUAUUUUACACUCAGCCAGUAAUGAUUCUGAUUUUGGGCUUUGUAGCUAGAGAAUAGAGUGCAGGGCAUCAAAAUAGCUACCGUACAUGACUUUAAAUCUUCAGUUCAGAGACUAUGUGAAUAGUACUAAGGAAUGUGCAUUUAGCAGGCAGUAGAACACAAUGACAUUUGUCCAAAUGUUCUUUCUGAAGGCAACAGUGGCAGUCUUAAUCUCUUACCAGAAGUUGCAUCAUUUGGCAGAAGCAAUGGCCCGAGUUGCCUUGGCAAAAGUGACUGAUAUCUUUGCACCGACACUGUUAUCCAGAGUAUUAAAAAACGGUUAUUCCCUCGCCCACCCCUAUACACGAAUAUCCACUCCCCCCACCCCCCGGCUUACAUUUCCACACCUAUUUGCCUGUUCUAAGAAGCUGGCUAAGUGUCAGAUUUUUGGGGGACAGGGAGUCUUUUUUCAGCCCACAGGAUCCCAGAUAAUCACAGGUCAUAUAUCUGUCGUUACACAAAUCAGAUUUGGCUACCUCGCCAAGGGCAAAUGAAGCCUUUGCUUUGACCUCGUUCUGAAUGGGUAGGGACAGCGAUGCUGGGUUGGGAAGGGAUAGAGAACUAGGGUCAUGGCUUUUGCCUGAUGGUGCUCCUUCUGUUGCAAAAUUAAACUGUUGUUUGAAAACAGCAUUUGGUCAGAUAUUUUGAAAGACAUUUUCUGCUAUAAAUAUUCACAGCAAAUUCAGAGCGGCCUUUCUGGAAGCAAAGCUUGAAUUUAUGUAUCCAAUCAAUAUGUAGAAAAUCCUUGUCUUGAAGGAAUCAAGAUUGACAACUAGCUGCUUCCAUACCAGUCUAGCAGUUUUUAUUUUAUUUUAUUUUAUUUCUUUCUUUCACAGGUGGUGAACAUAGUGACUAGUAACCAAGAAUGUGUAAAUAAUAUUGCAGAAGCAAUGGUUCUUUCCAACUUACUAGCCCUCCUACAUUCACUACCUUCAAGUACGUAGAGCGUGAGUUUACUUAUUCAGUGACAAAAAUACACGUUUAGAAAACUCUUUAGAUACCAAAAGAAAAAGAUAAACUCCUCCCCCCCCCCCCUUACAAGCAUGCAUAUAGAAUUGUGGCUCCAACUUGGGAAGGGCAUUGAGAUCUCAGGCCUGUGUAGAGACAAAUAUUCUCUAACCUGGAGAUCUUGCCCUCUGACUUCAGAUCUCUUGGGGAAAUUAUAGGAGGUCACUAAUGAAGUAAAAUUGCGUGUGUUGGGGUGUUGUCUUUGGCAUUCAAAAUAGAUCUAGAGAAAAACCCUCAGUGAACGUUAGGUCAUACUUUCAGUAUGUUUUCAGGAUACACCCAUUUUGUGAAUGAAGGCAUCUUACCACACAUUCAGCCCUUUGGAACUUAUUUCUCUAUUAGGGACUAGCUUUUAAGGGAAAGGCUAGACCUGUGAUGUUUUUAUUGUAUUGUAUAUGUAUGUGAUUUUUUGUUAUAUGCAUAUAUUUUAAUUCUACUAGUGCUUAGUUCUUUGACUUAAGCUGAUCUUUCAUAGGAUAUUUUUUUUAAGUACCUUUGCUGACUUUGGAACUCAGUCCAUGGAAGGCUUUUGUUUCGCCUCAUAAACAGCUCUUUCCUGAGGGGCCAGCUAAACUAGGCAACAGUGCAGGCCCCAUUGUCCAACUCUAAACAAGCCCUGUUGUGUUUUUACUUCAUCUUUGCUAAAUAGAGACACACAAAAGCUGGGUUUCGCUCACGGUUUUUCCUCUUGGCAGGUCGGCAGCUUGUUCUGGAAACUCUGUAUGCUUUGACAUCCAGUACCAAAAUAGUUAAAGAGGCCAUGGCAAAAGGUACAGUGAGCGCUGUUGUUCUUUGUUGAAACAUUACCCAAAAGUAAUGUUUCAAACUUACUGUGAUUGGAAGAGGCAACAGUUCAUUUGUUUUUAUCUGUCAGAAUAUUCAUAGGCUGCCAUAAGGCCCUCUGUUUCUCUGUCCCUUCCUAGGUGCUUUAAUCUACUUACUUGAUAUGUUCUGCAACUCAACACAUCCCCAAGUUCGAUCUCAGACCGCAGAGCUUUUUGCUAAAAUGACAGCCGACAAGCUGGUUGGUCCAAAGGUGAGUGUGUUUUGCUUCAUUUUUGGACAUUGUAACUGGCCCUUUUAAAAGCAUGCUUUUAACACUAAAUAGCACAAUGUCUGUUAGACUUGAUUUGCAACAUGCUUAUAAAAAAUACUGUCCAACCCUGUACUAGGAGUUAACAUUACACAGGCUGUAUUCAUCUUUAUCAUCCCUUCAUAUGGGCUGGGAAACAAGCCAUGAAGCUGCUGUUACCAUGGCUUCCCAUUAUACCUAAGCUAGCAAACUAUGAUUAAUAGCUUCCUAGCCAACCAGGAUACAUAAGCCAGCUUUGAAAUAUGACUUACUGCCAUUCUUUAUUUGGAAGCCAUUAGUCAUAGUUUUCCUGGUUUGGACGCAAGAGGAAUUGGCGACGUCUUCCUGCCUUGGUUUUUCCACUUAACGUGAAGGGUGGGGAGAGCCAAGUGGCUGCCUUCCUGUUCGUAGCUUGGCUUCUCAAUCCAAGAUCUGAUUGUGUGGAUGCAGCCAAUGUGCAUCACUUCAAAUAAACAACCCUCACGUGGUGCAAGCUUUACAUUUCAUUCUCUGCAAGCUACUAGUCUUGUAGAGCAACAUGCUGGUUGGAAAACAUGGCAACAUAAGAAGAGCCGUUCUGGAUGAGGCCAGCAGCCCAUUUGGCCCAGCAUAUAAUGCUCGCAAUGGCCAACCACAUGCCUGUGGGAAGUCAUAACCAGGAGUAUAGCAGCGUUCUCCCCAAAUGUGAAUCCCUGCAACGGGUUCCUUGAGGCAUUCUGCCUCCAACAGUGGGCAUAGUAGCCAUUGAUAGCCUUAUGUAAAGGUAAAGGGACCCCUGACCGUUAGGUCCAGUCGUGGCCGACUCUGGGGUUGCGGCGCUCAUCUCGCUUUAUUGGCUGAGGGAGCCAGCGUACAGCUUCCAGGUCAUGUGGCCAGCAUGACUAAGCCGCUUCUGGCGAACCAGAGCAGUGCACGGAACCACCAUUUACCUUCCCGCCGGAGCGGUACCUAUUUAUCUACUUACACUUUGACAUGCUUUGGAAUUGUUAGGUUGGCAGGAGCUGGGACCAAGCAACGGGAGCUCACCCCGUCAUGGGGAUUCAAACCGCCAACCUUCUGAUUGGCAAGCCCUAGGCUCUGUGGUUUAGACCACAGCGCCACCCGCAUCCCCUUAUUGAUAGCCUUAGUCUUCAUGAAUUGUGAAACCUAAAAUUAUAUUUAUAUUAUAUUAUAUUAUAUUAUAUUAUAUUAUAUUAUAUUAUAUUAUAUUAUAUUAUAUUAUAUUAUAUUAUCCAUCUGACUGGGUUGCCGCAGCCACUCUGGGAGGCUUCCAGCGAAUUAAAACAUUAAACACAGUAAGACAUCAAGCAUUAAAAGCAUCCCUAUACAGAGCUGCCUUCAGGUGUCUUCUAAAAGUCAGAUAGUUGCUUAUUUCCGUGACAUCUGAUGGGAGAGCAUUCCACAGGGCGGGUGCAACUACCAAGAAGGCUCUCUGCCUCGUUCUCUGUCACCUUGCAGCGAGGAAAGAGGCAGAUGGCUGUCAGAGCUGGAUCUCUGUCUGGGCUGAACAAUGGGGAUUCACAAUGCCCAUCCAUCAAGUUCAGUAGUCAGCCAUACAAAGGCAUUCCCCACACAGGUUUAAGAAUUGCUAUGUGUUGAUAAGGCAAAUUCCUUUCAAAAACAUUUUCCCCGUGCUUUGCUAAAUGUCAGUAUUACAAGCUGCUCAUUUGAUUCACUGGAAACCUUUGUUAGUGGUGACAGAAUCUGCAAUCUGGUGUGUUCUUUUCUAGGUUAGAAUUACCCUAAUGAAGUUUCUACCUGGUGUCUUUAUGGAUGCCAUGAGAGAUAACCCUGAAGCUGCUGUUCACAUUUUUGAAGGAACGCAUGAAAAUCCAGAGUUGAUAUGGAAUGACAACUCCAGAGAGAAAGUGUCUACAACUGUUCGAGAAAUGAUGCUAGAGUAUGUUACAGUUGUGGUGAAUAAUGGUUGUACUUUUGUAGUCAGUUUCGUGGUAAAACGUAGCAGAACUGUAAAGCCAACGAUUAGAUUCAGUUUGGAAUCCUCUGGGAUUGUAGUACAGGGUCUAUUCCAGGCAGCAUAAUGCAAAAAAUAUAACCAGAUAUUCUGUAUUGAUCAAAAUUGCUAAAAGCGAUUAGAGUGCAAAUAAGCCAGUUUGAUUUUAACCUCAGGCGAGGGAAGCGUUUAGAAUUUAAUUCAUUUUUAGCCCUUGCUUGCAGAAGAAUUUGUUAAUGGGUUUUCUGACUUUUUUUUAAGGCACUUUAAACUACAGAGAGACAACCCUGAUAUUAACUGGAAGGUAAGCAAAAUUUAAACGUUAAGGGGGAAAUUAAGACAAAGCAUGGGUGUGAUUUUCCUUCGUAUCCUUUUGCAUUUUCUCUUUUUCGCUACUGCUCAGUCUUAUCUCGCUGGACCAUGACUAAUAGCAUGAAACUGCACGGUAGGACAGAGACCCGGGGGGGGGGGGGGCUAUGAAACUCUGGAUGUUCCUGCACUAAAACUCCCAUCCAUUCUGACCACGUCAUGUUACUUUUGGUCCUAUGGAAGCAGGAGCCCAGCAUCCACUGGAUGGCUGCAGCUUCAACAGCCCUGCUGCAAAGUAUUCUGCAUUGCUACAGACCCUUAUAAUCGUAGUUGGGCUCACACCGUAGUUGGGCUCACACCCUCCCUUUCUAAUAAACCAAAUGUAACUUUCCUAAUGCACGAACUCAGUGACAUUUUUUUCUCUCGUUGAUCCAGCUGCCUGAGGACUUUGCUGUGGUGUACGGUGAAGCAGAGGGUGAACUUUCUGUAGGAGGGGUCUUCCUAAGAAUCUUUAUUGCCCAGCCGGCCUGGGUGCUGCGAAAACCUAGGGAAUUUCUCAUUGCACUGUUAGAAAAAUUCACCGAACUCCUGGAGAAAAACAACCCCCAUGUAAGUGGAGUUGAUUGGUUGCGUGUUAGCUUUGUGCAACUGAAUUUGUGAAAGCGAGCUCCGGUCCACUGAAAGGUGCUGCUGCUGCUGCUAUUAUUGUUACUACUUCCUACCACUGUUUGUUUCAUUUAUGAAUAGCUUGCCCUGAGCAGUUUACAAUAAAGACCUUUAAGGAUGCGGUUAGUUCUGCUUCUUGCUCUGUAAACCUGCCUAGGCUUGUGCUGUGAAAUAAUUGGCACAUAACAGCAGCAAACCCAUGGUGGUUAAAGGCAGUAGGAGAGCAAUUCGUUUAGUUUGAAGAACAACGAAUGAAUGGCCACUAAAUGAAUGCAUCCUAGCACAAGCCGUUGUGCGGCAUGCCGUUGCAUAAGUGAUCAGGCAGCUGUUCGAAACAGCUUACGCACACGCAUUUAGAUCUGUGCGUGCAGUUUGGGUUUUCCCCAUACAAGAUUCUCACCGAAGAAACGGUAACUGCUCAGUACAUUGAAGAGGUUCUUAUUCUUAUUCAGGUUAUGGCUGUCAUUCUCUGCUUCUUAACAAGACAAGCCUAAAGGUAAAGGUAAAAGUACCCCUGACCAUUAGGUCCAGUUGCGGAUGACUCUGGGGUUGCGGCGCUCAUCUGGCUUUACUGGCCGAGGGAAUUUGUCUGCAGACAGCUUCCGGGUCAUGUGGCCAGCAUGACUAAGCUGCUUCUGGUGAACCAGAGCAGCGCACGGAAACGCCGUUCACCUUCCUGCCGGAGCGGUACCUAUUUAUCUACUUGCACUUGACAUGCUUUUGAACUGCUAGGUUGGCAGGAGCAGGGACUGAGCAACGAGAGCUCACCCUGUCACAGGGAUUCAAACCGCUGACCUUCUGAUCGGCAAGCCCUAGGUUCUGUGGUUUAGACCACAGAUAAGCUUUAAGAUAAGCCUGCAUUCCCACAAAUUAAUCAAGAUGUUCAUACAUGCGACUCCUGAGUGUCAUUAAACGGUUGAUUGUAAACUGGCCGCUUGUUGACUGACUUCAAUAGUGGAGCAGGAAAUUUCAUUGACUUGCUCUGUGCUUUGUGUUCCGAAACAGGGGGAAACUUUAGAAACUUUAACAACAGCGACGGUGUGCCUCUUUAGUGCUCAGCCUCAGCUGGCAGACCAAGUUCCCCCUCUUGGUCAUCUUCCCAAGAUUCUCCAGGCCCUGAAUCACAAGAACAACGCCAUUCCGAAAAGCGCAAUGCGUGUCAUACACAUGCUGUCUGAUAAUGAGGUAUGAGGAUAUGGAUUUAUUGUGUUGUUGUUUGCUGGAAGAACUUUCAUCUCAGGUGCUUGUUGUAUGUUCCUGAUGAUGUAGAUUGGAUUUCAAAUGUUUCCCCCCCUGAAACCAGUACCAGGGAUGGUAAAUCUAGCUAGGCACAGUAUAAAGCAGGGUUCAGUUUAACUCAUAUUACACCCUAGAUUAGAUUGUCUCCAGCUGGGAUCAUAGUAUAUAAAACUGUCAACUCGGUCAGUUGAAGAGAUCAGGUCCAUGCAUGCUUCAACCUAUUUACAUUGCAGGCAAACUGUUGCUUCCAGUCUCUCAGUAUGUAGCAACCCCAACACUAUCCUGAUGUGGUGCCCUAAAAUAUGUUGGUUGCCUAGUUGUUUGAACUCUCUAUCAGCCAAUAGUUUGAAUUAAUCCAGGGUAUGGAAAAUUAGCAGCAAUUAGCCUUAAGGAAUGUUGCCUACUACUUCUGCAGCCCAGGUUGGAAAAUGGGUGUUAACUCAAGUUGGUAUGCUAGGCCAGGGGUCAGCAACCUUUUUUAGCCAUGGGCCGGUCCUCUGUCCCUCAGACCUUGUGGGGGGCCGGACUAUAUGGGGGGGGGAGAAAUGAAUGAAUUCCUAUGCCCCACAAAUAACCCAGAGAUGCAUUUUAAAUAAAAGGACACAUUCUGCUCAUGUAAAAACACGCUGAUUCCCAGACCGUCCACAGGCCGGAUUUUGAAGGCGAUUGGGCUGCAUCCGGCCCCCGGGCCUUAGGUUGCCUGCCCCUGUGCUAGACAUUUCUCGGGGUCUUGUAACCUCAUCUUUUAAAUGAGAAUCUUCAACAGCCUAAAUCAAACUGCUUUCCCCCUCCACAGCUUUGUGUUCGCUCAAUGGCAGCGCUAGAGACCAUUGGACCCGUGAUGAAUGGAAUGAAGAAACGUCCAGAUACGAUUGGAGUAGCCUGCGAGGCACUUAAUCGAAUGUUUCAAAAGGAACAAAAUGAUCUUGUAGUCCAAGUAAGCAAGCCGGAACCGUGCCUUUUAAAGGCGUUUGUAUAGCAAUCUAAAUAUGUGUCCAUUCAAUUUGUUACGCUAGCUUCAUGGUGUUGUGUGGAGUGGUGUGGAAUUUCCCUGUUGUUGCUUAGGGCAACAAGAAAAAGUGAGGCUCGCUUUGCAAAGCUGCGGGUGGAAUGUCCUUGCAUUAACAUGCAUCCUUGCUCAUUCGCUCACACAUGUAUCUGUAUUUUCUAAGAGUGACCACACCACAGGAAUGUUGCCAUGCAUGCUGAUAUCCGUAAUACACCACAAAUAUCUCCCUGAGUUACUAGCCGAGUUCUGUGUGCAACACUAAAUGCAGAGUUCCUAACAUUUGCUGUUUGGAGUACCUUAACAGUAGGAGCAGUGUGUAUUGAAUGGCCAGAGGCACAUGCUUGUGCAGAAAAGGAAUCUGGUAUAGAAAAAGGCAUUUGUGUACAGCAAUAAUCCUGCAUCUCAGGGCAAGCCUAAUUCCAAUGGUACAUGCCACUUAUUACUUCCUCAGUCAUUGAUGAAGAUUUUGGUAAUACAGUCGUACCUUGGAAGUUGAACAGAAUCCGUUCCAGAGGUCCGUUCAACUUCCAAAACGUUUGAAAAUCAAAUUGCGGCUUCUGAUUGGCUGCAGGAAACUCCUGCAGCCAAUCAGAAGCCAUGGAAGCCUCGUUGGACGUUCGGCUUCCAAAAGAACAUUCGCAAACCAGAACAAUCGGUUCUGGGUUUGCAGCGUUCGGGAGGCAAGGUACGACUGUACCUAUCUGUCUAUUAGAGCUGGAGUUGUCUUUACCAUAAAAUCAUGUGGAAUUACUGCUAGAACGUUGGGGAAGGUGGUGAAUUCAUCCUUUAGUCUUUUUGCAGUGGUUCUGGGUGGCCAUAUUUGAGAUGACCUGAGUUGUUGAGUUAGGCAGGAGAGCAAAGAAUUUUAGGAGGCAGGCUCAUCACCUCCCUGGCGGAUAGGAGCACUUCUUGCUUUGGAAUGCCCUUGGACUAUCAUUAAGUACCCUGUACAGUGGCACCUCAGGUUAAGUACUUAAUUCGUUCUGGAGGUCCAUUCUUAACUUGAAAUUGUUCUUAACCUGAAGCACCACUUUAGCUAACGGGGCCUCCCGCUGCUGCUGUGCCGCCAGAGCACGAUUUCUGUUCUCAUCCUGAAGCAAAGUUCUUAACCCUAGGUACUAUUUCUGGGUUAGCGGAGUCUGUAACCUGAAGCGUAUGUAACCUGAAGCGUAUGUAACCCGAGGUACCACUGCAAUCUUGUUUUGCAGGCUUUGAAAGUAGAGUUGGUUCCAUAUCUCCUGCGAUUGCUUGAAGGCGUCGGUCUUGAGAAUCUGGAAAGCCCCUCGGCCACGAAAGCUCAGAUCGUUAAAGCUUUGAAAUCUAUGUCUCGCAGUCUACAGUAUGGAGAGCAGGUAAAGCACCCUGAAUUCCUUUCAGUAUCUGCAUUUUGUAUUUUUGACGACCCCCCCCCCCCAUAAAAAUGCUCCAGAUUUGUGCAAUUACAAAAGCUGCUGCUAAUGGCAGGGUCAACUUCAUAAUGACAGCAGCCAGUUAUAGAUAAAGAACAGCGGGGGAAAUGAAACAAACGUUUCCUGAGCUUUGUUGUUCUUGCAGGUGAAUGAAAUACUGUCUCGUUCCUCUGUGUGGAGUGCCUUCAAAGAUCAGAAACAUGACUUGUUCAUUUCUGAGACUCAAACAGCAGGAUACCUCACUGGUCAGUAAACAUUCUAAUUUAGGCUUUUCCUGUUGUGUUUCCCUUCUUUUGUGUAUCACGUGGCUUGUUUAUUCUGGGAUAACACCUUAAUUCAGUCCCCUUAAUUUUAUUGUAGAAUUGUAAGGUUGGAAAAGGGGCCGCAAGGAGCAAUGGAUGCUCCAAUUGGACUUCAGCUUUAAUUCUGGACAUAUCCAGGGUAGAAAUUUGAAGGGGGCAAAUGAUUAAUGUGUCCGUUACAAACCUCCUCGGGACACUGUGGGGUGAUGCUUCACUUUUGCUUCCAAGUGCUUUGCUGUCUGUACUUCCCUUGCGUCUGGUUUCUUUCUCCCCCAGGUAUCUCCUCUCCUUCCCUUCUAUCUGGUAGCAGUCCUCUUCAUCUCAGAAGUGGGCUUUAGAUCUCCUUUGGCAGGCAGCUUGCUAAACUUCUCUCUAGCACUCUCUAAAAGCAGGUAGAUACCACUUUGCUCAGUGCAUGGUGCAUCUGCGCAGUUCCUAGAACGAAAUGCUUCCUUAGGUGCAUGGCAAUACAGUUGUAGCGGACAUGUGACUGUUGUAGAACAUUGCGCAAUGCCACGUUUUGGAACUCGUGAUUUUUAUUCCCCUGCGACUGUGACAUCAGAGUUCCAAAUGGUAGGUGCCUGAGGGUACGUAUCAGUGGUUCUCAAACUCUUCCCCCCACACAGACCACUUGAAAAUUUGCAAGGAGUCUCAACGGGCCAUUUAGUAUUUUCUUCUAUAGCGCAAAAGAACAAUCUAGCCUUGCCUUUCUAAUAUGAUGGAUAGAUUAACUAUGAAAGCAAGCAACAUUUUUUGCUUCCACACUAGCAUUGUUGCAAAAAAUGAGAGGUACCUCUAAUCGACAAAGCUAGUAGGCUUAUUAUGUAAACAACUGACCCACUGUCUCAUUGGCCAGUUUAAUCAUCCUGCCCUGGUCCAAACAGCCUAAAAAACAAAUCAAGUUUAGGGUGAAGUUCAGAUAAUCUUGUCUGUUUUGCAACCUUUCUGCGGACUGACCAUAGUUUGAAAACCUCUGGUACAUGUAUGUGUGUUUGUGUAUGUGUAUAUGUAUAUGUAUAUUUUUGUGGAUAUAUUAUUGCAGUUGAGUUAAAACAUAACUCCUAGAUAACAUAGUGACUGGUGAUAUGGAAAUCUGAUCUCCAGUAACGGGUAUCAAUCUAGAUAAAUGUAAGCUGGACACAUGUCAUGGGUAAGACAGAUCACUCUGGUUUGUCUGAUCAGAACUAACAACUUUGAAAACACUCAUGUUAAUGAUACAGCGUUUUAAAGAAAACUGUUUGUUCCUUCCUAUCUUUCCCCCCUGGUACAGGUCCUGGAGUUGCUGGCUAUCUUACUGCAGGGAGGUCUUCAUCGGUUCUGCCCAGUGUCCCCCCUCCAGUAGACCACGAAGCUGGAGACCACAGCUAA